AUCCCAGGUAAGUUGUCAAACUGUUCUUAAAUGGUUUGACUACUUACUCUGGAGCAGUAGUGGUUAUUGCGCAUGGAUUAUUUAUUUAAAUAAUCUACAAGUGCCCCAGUAGCCAGCCAGCCAACCCACAGGCUGGCCGGUAGCCAGCCAGUUAGCCAGCCCACAGGCCAGUAGCCAGCCCACAGGCCUACAGCAAGCCACAGGCUUACAGCCAGCAAGCCCACAGCCUGCCAGUCGCAGCCAGCAAGCCACAGCCUGCCAGCCGCAGUCAGCAAGCCACAGCCUGCCAGCCGCAGUCAGCAAGCCCACAGCCUGCCGGCAGUAGCCAGAAAGCCCACAGCCUGCCAGCCGCAGCCAGCAAGCCCACAGACUGCCAGCCAGCAACAGUAAUUAAGGUAAGAGGAACCAACUUGGCCUAGGUAUCAGCGAGCUAUGUUGUGUUGCUAUAUUGUGAAUAGGAACCAGAGUGUUGGAGAGACCAUCCUCCAGGCCCCAUUAGACUCCAUUGUAGUCUCUAAUGGGGCCUGGAGGAGAUUCUUUCUAACACACUCUCUAAAGGACACUGAGAUAGCCUCUGCUAGAAAUCCCCUCCAUGGCCCAUUAGCCCUCAAUUGUAGUCUCUACUGGGGCCUCGAAGGGCUUAUUGCCCUUUUGUUCCUUGUGUCUAAAGAUUUUGUAGGGUGUGGCUGGAGGCGGUGCAUGGAGGCGGGACAAGGGUGGCGCUUGCUGCAGAGUAUGGGUGGGGCCUGUAAGGGGGCCCUUGAUUUAUUUUUCCCGGGGGCCCUGAGGGUUCUCAGUCCGCCCCUGAUAGCAUCCCUCUUGACCUCCCCAACAUGUCCGGUACACCUAUCCAUUUUCUAUGCAGAGUUUCGAUCCAUCCGGUUCAGUUCUUUCAGGAACGUCACAUCCUGCGGUUUCGGCUUACUGAGUCCCGAUACGUCACUUCCUGUGACGUAUGUGUUAUGAUUUCAUUUCGAUCACAUGACUUUCGGGACUCGUUUGCGGCACGAAGAACAUCCAUUACAGAUAGGGCAAAAUGCCUUCAGUUCAUAGCAUUUAUAUAUCCAAGUUAUAAGGAAAGGAGACAGCAGAGAUAAACAAUAUUAUUAGACAUCUUCUAUCGUAAAAAAUUUUUAUAUUUCAUCUAUGUAAAAUAAAAUAAAUUUCAUUUUGAAAAAUACUGCUCAAUCAAUAUAUAUAUAUAUAUAUAUAUAUAUAUAAAUAUAUAUAUAUAUAUAUAUAUAUAUAUAUAUUUAAAGGGGAAAGCAUAGAGGGAAGAGAGUAGAGAGGGGUAGAUCCAUAUUCAUAUUAUAUCAUAAAGUUUGAAUAGGUUUCUUAACGUAAUAAACAUAUCUAAAAUAUUAAACAAUAAAAGAUAUAUAGUUAAAAACUGAAUUAUAAAUAAUAAUAAGGGAUAAGAACCUUUAUAAAAUACUAUUAAUUUCAAAAUCAAUAUUGAGACCCAAGGGUCAUAGAGUGCGCAUCUUAAAGAUCCACUUUACUUCUUGAGUGCUCAAUCUUUUUGGAAGAUCUCCUCCUCUCCAAUGAGGCUCAAUUUUUUUCUAUAGCGCAGAAAUUUUAAAAUUUUGGAUCUGACUCGUGUUUGUCCAAAAAAUGUUUUGAUACGCUGUGAUUUAUAAAACCCUUUUUAAUAUUUCUGACAUGUUCGCUUAUUCGAACUUUCAAAGGUCUUGAUGUAUUACCUAUAUACUGGAGGCCACAUGUACAAUUCAAUAAAUAUAUAACAUUCUUUGAGUGACAUGUGAUCAUAGAUCUGAUUUUAAAUUCUUUUUUAGUAUUAAGAGUUAAAAUUAGUUAUAUUUAUUUCUUUUAUAUUUGUUUGCUUACAUCCAUUACACAUCCCACAAUGGUAAAAACCUUGUUAUUUCUUUGACCAAUUUGUUAGGAAAUUACUAUUGUCUUGGGAUGUUUUUUCUAAAAAACUACUAGUUAAAAUUUGUUUAAAAUUUUUUGCACCUCUAAAAAUAAAUUUGGGCUUAGGGCCUAGAAAUUCCUGUAUUUCUUCGUCCUGAGUUAAAAUAUCCCAAGUUGGGGGGCGGAGCCAGCUCUCGGCAUGAACGGUCGCACUUCUCCUGCUCUCUGCCGACCGCAGCCCAAAACCGGACGAAAAAGACCCCAAAAGCCUUCCCUUCUGGUAACAGAGGGCCCGCAACUACUCCCCCUGAUAUGGGGAGAAAGACCAAAAAGCCGCGGCCCGAUCGCCCGCGAUUUACGGCCGAUAUCGGCGAUUUACUGAGGAGGCCGCAUGGCGCGGCGGCGCCCAACAUGGCGGCCGAAUAUGAGGAUUUCUCAGAAAGCUCGGACGACACAUCCCUCCACUGCCCUGAGACACUGGGGUACAAGGGACCUCCUAAACUCAAACAACAGCCGAUGAGCUCCCCAAUCACUACGGAGAUUCUUACCUCUCUCCUGACUGACCUACGCCAGUCGCUCUCUGCAGAGAUCUCCCUGGUAAGGGAGGAUGUAAAGGGGUUCACUGAUCGCCUCUCAGCAGUGGAGCAAUCCACCCAGGCACAAACAGCACAAAUAACAGAGCUGCAGAAUCAGGUCAAAGACCUCUCCUCAGCCCACAUCACACUCACCCACCAACUAGCAGCAAUGGAAGACAAAAGGAGGUGGAAGCAUGUUAAAAUCAGAGGCCUCUCAGACGCAAUUGCCCCAGCCGAACUUCCCCACCUACUCAGAAGGCUUUUCACAGCCCUCCUGUCCCCCAAACAAGCUAAAGGGGUGCAGCUAGAUGGCAUGUUCCGCUUGCCCAAACCGACACAACUUGCAAAUUCAGCGACAAGUGACCUUCUGGUCAAAUUUCAAAAUGGGCAAGACAAAACUGCCUUAAUGGGCUCCAUCAGGGGACAAAAUCCAUACCGCUUUGAGGACAUGGACUUAACGUUCUAUUCCGACCUCUCACGCACAACACUGCAAUGGCGGAAAUCUCUCCGACCACUUACAGCGGCAUUGACGGCUAAGGGAGUGAAGUAUCGCUGGGGACCAUCACACAUACUCCUCAUCCAACACCAAGGCAAGGAAUAUAAAGCGACGGACGUCGCAGAAAUGGACACUGUCUUGACCGACAUGGGACUACGGCCAUCUUCAACCGCUACAACCUGGGAUCCGACUAAAGUUGUCCCAUUUGUUCCAGCAUCCAGGGGAACGCUUGGAGAGCAGACUACCUGAACCGGGACUUUUGAGUUACUCUUGUUUUGCUUUUUGUUUUGUUUUAAUGUUCUCCCUCUUAUACACACCGCUGUAAACGUACAAGUUUACUCCUAGGGCAUAGGCCCUAUUGAGGGGUAACCCAGAAACCCCUACACACACAUAGCAGGAUUGCUAUACGGCUUUUAUUUGCCGCCGAACCGGGCAGAACCCGGACUAAUUGGCUCCCUUUAAUACCAAAACCCCCCCAGCUCCAACGCAUUUACUCUACCACGAGAUCACUAAUUAGGAGCUGCACAAAUACACUACCAGGUUGCACGUCAGUAUCCUCUUUUAUCCUCUCACUCACACGACAAUCUAGGCCGUGCACAGCCCUCUCUGUCCACAAGGCCUUACGACCUUACACACGGCCUAUAGCUGGAAUUUCUAACUGAUCCACAAUACGGGCGUAUUAAUAUACUCCCUCAGAACACAGGGUCCCAUUUCACUUUUGACUCAAGAGGCACAUAAGCAUGCACCUUGCCUUCCACUGUAGGCAUACUCCAGUCCAUAAGCAUAUACGCCGAUACUAACCAUACGACCAGGAUUGAAAUUGCUCUUUUUCUAUCCUAUUUUCAGUGGCUGCAUUAUGUUGAAUCUUUUAUAUAACCUUUUUAAAAAAUUGUGCCGAUACUCACAUGCCAUGCUAUUGUUAUACUAUUCUAUUGAUUGCAGCUUGCUAUAGCUGUCGUGGCUAUGCAAGCGUAUUGUUUAUGUAUGCACUACCAAAAUAAAGAAUUUAAAAAAAAAAAAAAAAAUAUCCCAAGUUUUAUUUAUAAUCUUUUUAAUAGCACCUAUAUUAGAAUAAUUAAAAAUGAGAGGAAUUUGUUUUUCAUUGCCUGUCAGCAAGUUAUCUUUCUUUUUAUAUUUUAACAGAGGAGAUCUUUUCAAAGAGGACACCUCCUGAAUUUGUGUAUCUAAAUCUUUCUUUUGGUAUCCUUUUUGUAUAAAUUGUUUCUUUAAAAAUUCAGCCUGAUCAAAAAAAAUCUUGUUUUUUUUUGUACAAUUCCGGCGUAACCUUAAAAAUUGUCCCCUAGGAAUAUUAGUCAACCAGGGUUUGUGAUGGCAACUGCUAACUUCAAUAUAACUAUUAACAUCAACUUGUUUAAAAAAAGUGUGAGUGGUUAAAACAUUAUUACAAACAUGAAUAUUCAAAUCUAAAAAGUCAAUGUUUGUAUCACACACACUUAAACAAAUUCCCCAAAUCAUUACAAUUAAGAGAAUUAAAAAAAUUAUUAAAAAGAUCUUAUCCCCUAAAUGGGCAGAAAAAACAGAAUAAUAAAAUAAGGAUAAAACACUAGAUAUAAGUGACUCCCACCCUCUCCAAAAAAAUAAAAUGAUAAAUAAGUAUACACAAUAAAAUAAAACUAGGGUUGGGGGUGGGAAGGGGAAAGGGGAUUCGGGAAGGGGUCUUUAGGUAAAUUAAUAAGAUAACACAAAAUAUUUAUGAUGACCAGAGUACCAAGGCCUGAAAUAUAGAAGCAUUAGCAAAACUAUACAAGGUAGGUACACAUCUGAAAUAAAUAAAUAAAAAUACAUACACAUAUUGACUGAUAGACACACACUCACUGAUAGUCACACAUACACUCACUGACAGACAUUCACAGAGUGACUGACAGACACACACUCACACUGACAUACAUACACACACACACACAUUCAUUAACUGACAGACACACGCUCAUACACAUUUCCCCCAACACUCAUAAAUUACUAUUAUUUUUUAUUUUUUUUAUUUAACUCCACCCAGCCUCAGUAGGAUAACUGGAGUGGAUUUGUUACCUAGGGUCCAGUGGGGCUGCAGGGGCGGGGGAGCUCUGAUCUAACUGCUCAGCUCCCUCGUGCACCGCUUAAUAAUGCUAGGAGCCGGUCUGACGUCAUAUUCCGGCUCCCGGCAUCACUAAGUGGCGCGUAAGGGAGCUUAGCUGUAAGAGCUCAGGCUACAGCACUCCCACACAGAACACGCAAUAGAAGCUGCCGCAGGCAUUGUAGGGGGCCCAAAGGUGGCCAGCAGGCCAGCUCUUGGGUCCCCCAGGACAUGAGGCUAACAAGACACCCUACCGGUGACCUAUGGCCGCAUGUCCACAGAGAGGGCUCGGCAUGCCAGCUGUGGCACGCGUGCCAUAGGUUCGCCAUCACUGGUGGGGCAUAGUUAGUAUAAAAUAAACUGCGAAGUGAGAUAUUAAACGUACUUUCACUACAUUGAGGGUACCAUUCUCUGUACCUGGUCUGCUUUUAAUGUGGUUGGCCACUUUGAUUGGUAGAUCGCUUGGAAUGCAUUGUCAGACGGACAUGGCUAUUCUUCAGUGAGCCCACACCAUUUCUGGAUGGGUCCACCCAUAUGGGUAGCACCUAUAAUGUAGGUCACAUCACUGGUCAAUUAACCUACAUCCCACUUUACUGUACGCCAAUGUUUGUGGUAUGCAAAAAUAACACAAUAAGGGUGUGUCGGCGAGCAGCGUCUCUUCUUCGCUGCUCGCCGCUCGUGUCCUCCACGCCUCCCAGCGGCAGCAUGUAUAACGCUGCACGCUGGGAGGUCGCAAAUUUAUGCAAACUCACGUGACCCGGCAUUAAUGCAACAGUACCACAAUCACAGUGGGAGGCGUAGAUAUCUCCCACGUGUGAUUGUUAAUUCUGAUUGGAAGUUAUCCAAUCAGAAUUAAGCAAAGGGUAUUUAUACUUACCUUUCCUGUCUCUCAGUGCCCUGUUGUGGUCUUGUGAUACCUGUAGUGCAGUUUGCUCGUGUUUCUCUCUGGUUAACGAUUAUUUGGCUCGUUAUUCCGAUUAUCCUGUCUUCUCCACUCCUUUGACCUCGGCUUGUUUCUCGUUCUCCUGUUUUCUGGCUCCCUUUACUUGGCUUGUCUCCUGACCAUUCUUAGUGUGCUUAGCCCGGCCACUCUAAGGACCGGUAUAGCAUCUUUCCUCUGUGUCCUGUUAGCGUGUUAGGUUCCAGAAUCGUGAUAAAGGGAACAGCAUACAUAAAAAAAUACAGUAUACAUUUUCACAAGGCUCCUUAAAAUCACAUGCCUUGGUCAUAUAAUAUGGCCAUACCAUGUUUAAGCUAUCACUUUUUCAACGUACCCCGAUAUUGGUAGGUGCUUAUGGCAAUUCUUGCUGCCUUAGCUGCUUGAACAGACUCUCAUCAAAUGUAUUGUCCUGUGUGUACUUCUAAAAUGGGUACGUGGAGUGGAGGAAUUGGGGGCUCAACUCAAAAAAAAAUUUUCAGGACUCCAGAUACACAUAGAGGGAAUUAAUUGAGGAAGAGUGGGUCCAUACGUUUCUUAAAAGUAUUGUUGCUGUAAAGAUCAAAAUACUGUAUAUGAAAAAUACUCAUUUAAGGUACAAACAAAAAAGUAUACAUUUAUUUACAAAGCAACCUAAAAUGAAUUACAAAUAUGGUGAUUUAAUCACACCAUAUGGCCAUACAGUGUGCAAGCCCCCCACUGCUUCAAUACAUUUGGGAAUAUUGGAAGUGGCCCGCCAAUAUUUGUACUUGGAAAUACUGAUGGGCUUAUACAUUGCAUGGCCACAUAGUGCAAUUAAAUCUCUAUAUUUGUUUGCUAAGAAAGGUGCUUUUCAAAUAGUCUUAAAAGAUUUUAUACUGCAUUUUUAUGUGUGCAGUCCACUUAACUGCCAUAAUGUGAACUCUGCAUAUAUAUUGCAUUGAGUGCGCACCUCCCAAUUACCUUUUUUUUUGUCAUAAUAUGUAAAGAGUAAUAUGUAAUGUAGUGAAUGAAGUGUACCUCUUAUUUUAAUAAAGUUAACAAAAUGGUAUUUAUUUCUUAUUAUUUUCAUAUAUAAUGAAUUUUGAAAUAAAUAAUUGAAAAUAAUGUUUACUAUUCAUAGACAUAUGACUUUUCUUGCCUUCUUUAAUUACAUGUCAGUGUUUAAAAGAACACUGUAAUGACUACCAUUUCAUCACUGUGUCCCUCCAUUUAGUGUUAAACCAUUUUGAAGCAGUUUAACACUAAAUAAGUGUCCCUGGUCACCCACAACUCAGCCCCUACUGUAGGUGUGGCUAAGGAAGAGAUUACACAUUUUCUAGUAGUCAUAACCAUUGUUACCAGUAAUGGAUGCUAAAUAGGAUAAAAGCAGUCAGCUGACACUCUCAGCCAAUCAGAGGUGCCCAUUGUUGCCCAGGCCAAUACUUCCUUAUUAGCCCAAUCAGCAUAGAGGGGUUGGGGCUGCUGGGGACUUUUGUUUAGGAUUAAAACAUAAAACUAUUAAGAACUAUUCAACACUGAAUGAAGGAAUGGCACCAGGAGACUCCAGACCAGGGCCAGAUUAAGAGCCCAGUGGGCCUGGUGCUGACAAUUAUGACGGGCCUAAUUACAGAAUCAUAUCGACCAAAAACAGUAAAACACUCCCAAGCGUCAUGUAUCUGAUGGAGAUGGUGCUGGAGAGAAAGAAAACAUCAGCUAUAAGAAAACACAUACCCUGGGCUAAUCUCUCACUAAUUUAUGUUUUCAUCUUUCAAGUAAAUCCACAACCCCUAACAGCAGUGUCCAGUCAAGCAAGAAGUCAAUGGGCACGGUAAAAAGGUGUGCCACUGACACAAAUCACGUAACCUGCCAAAAGGGUCGAACAUGCCCAAAAAGAGGAUAUGUCUGCCCAAAGAAUUAGAAGGCCAGCCUAGUAUGAAUGCAUGUCAGGCUGCCUGCCAAUCAUGCAGCUGGCCAAUUAAGGGCAUACUAUGCAGACAGCACCCUGAGCUUGGCAUAAAUGCAUCUAAUGAUGCGCUCGCUCAACGCUUUCUAAGGACUGUCCCCUAGCACUCGCUGGUCCACUUGUCUCCUCACCUUCUUACUAGCAGGCAGAAGCUCCUGGUAUAUAGUCUGGGACAGAGAAAAGCUGUAUGUAGAAGAAAGGGAACAUGCCACAGUGUUAGAGAGACCAAAGUCAGCAUUACCUUAAAAGAUCACUAUAGGGUCAGGAACACAAACAUGAAUUCAUGACCCAAUAGUGUUAAAACCACCAUCUAGCCCCCCUGGGCCCCUCAUGUCUCCAUAAAUAUAGCAAAAUCUUACUGUAUUCAAGCCUGAAGCUGUAACUCUGCAUGCUAUUAGACUCAGAAAAACAAGCAGUCUGCUGACAUCAUUAGAAGUGGUGGCCUAAUCCAAUCACAGUGCUUCCCCAUAGGAUUGGCUGAGACUGACAAAGAGACAGAUCAGGGGCAGAGCCAGCAUGAUUCAAACACAGCCCUGGCCAAUCAGCAUCUCCUCAUAGAGAUAAAUUGAAUCAAUGAAUCUCUAUGAGGAAAGUUCAGUGUCUGCAUGCAGAGGGAGGAGACACUGAAUGUUUGGAUGCAUUUUAGGUAGCCAUGACCCAGGAAGGAUCUCGAACAGCCAUCUAAGGAGUGGCCAGUGGGCUAUCACAAGUCUGUAAUGUAAAGACUGCAUUUUUUCUGAAAAGAGUGUUUACAGCAAAAAGCCUGACGGUAAUGAUUCUACUCACCAGAACAAAUUCAAUAAGCUGUAGUUGUUCUGGUGACUCUAGUGUCCCUUUAACUAUAUUCAUUGUCAGCCAGUCCACACAAGUUUUGUUCCUAUCCAUCCCUCUUAAGUUUCCAUACUUAAAUAAGAGUAUGUGAAAAGUAGUUAGGGUUGCCACCUUUCUUGGAAAAACAUACCGCCCUUGCUAAUUUGCAUAAUUAAAUAUGUAUGGGUGACAUCACAUGAUGUAAAUCACAAGGAGUGACAUAAGAGCAAAUGCUGUAAAAUCACCAAAAAACUACUUAGUUUGAUUCUGCUGUAUAGAUGCAUUCCUCCCAGUGGCCCCAUGUCUCCCAGUGCCCCCAUGUGUCGAUUACUCCAGGUCUCCGUGUUCCUAUGUAUCAGUGUCUCAGUGCCCCAUGUCUCCCCGUGUCCCCUAGUGUCGUGUCCCAAGGUCUCCCAGUGAUCCUAUGUAUCACAGUGUCUCAAUGCCCCAUGUCUCCCUGUGUCCCCAUGUAUCCCAGGGUCCCCAUGUCACUAGGAAGACAGGAAGACCUGGGGACACGGGGGAGACCUAGGGACACGGAGACACCAGUGACACUGGGAGACUAGGGGACUCGAGCUGGGACGCAUGGGGACACUAGGAAAAUAGGGGACACAGACACCAAGGACACAGACACUAGAGACACUGGCUGGGGGACAUGGGGACAUUGAGACAUGGGGGCACUGGGAGACACCAUGGCCACAGACACUAGGAACACUAGCUUGGAGACAUGGGGACAUUGAGACACUUGAGGCACUGGGAGACAUGGAGGCACUAGGAGACAUGGGGACAGUGAGACACUGGCAGACUGCGGGGCACUGGGAGAUUAGGGGGCACUGAGACACCAGGGACACUGGCUGGGAGACAUGGGGACACUGUGUCCCCAUGUGUCUGUGUCAUAAUGUCUCCCAAUGUCCCUUAGUGUCUCAGUGUCCCCAUGUCUCCUUGCAGCAUUUCCCCCAUCCCUUACUUCCCUGAGCUGUAGGCUGUCUCUGCAGGGUGGGAGUUGCUGUCUGGACUCUCUGUAGAUCAGUGAGUAUAGAUAGGCAGGGAGAGAUAUGGAACUUCCUAUCCCUGCCUGUCUCCACAUACAGCGACCCCUUCUGGCCAGUGCUGGUAUUGCAUAGUAAUCUCUUGUUUAUACUGAGAAAAAUACCAGCAUUUGUAUUGCCAGUAUCACUGUAAUAUUGGCACCAGCCAGGCAGCCUCAAAUACUGGCUGUGCCAAUAAAAUAAAAGCCAGGUGGAAUCCCUAAGAGUAGUGUGUGAAAAAAAAAAAAAAGUAAAAAAAUUAAUCUGUUAAUUUGUUUUCAAUCAAUCUGUCCAUAGUUAGUCUAAUUGCAUUUUAUAACUUGUUUUAUAUGUUUAAUCUUUUUAUAGGUUUUUUUCUCUGCCUGUGAGCUGAAUGUGUUUGAUGUUCUGGCAGGGUCUGAGGUACCUCUGCCCCUAUCAGCUAUAUCGGAGCUUUUAGGCACAAGCAUCAGAGGAACUGAAAUCUUACUUGAUGCCUGUGUGGGCCUUAAACUAUUGGAAGCAGAUAAUCAAAAUGGAGAAGGUGAGUAAAAUAUAUUACAGGGUUAUUUAUAACUUCCAAAAAAACAGUAUAUCACUACAGUGUCAGUGAAUGUAUUAAGUAUAAACAAUACUUAGCUUGAAGUAAAAAAACAGCCUCCCAAGAUCGCUACCCAAAGGAUGACCUUUUACAAUAUAUAGAAAACCAAAACAAACAUACGGGAUACGGCUGGACAAAUCUACAAAAGGAACAUAAACAGAAUAUAGUGUAAUACAGUUAACCAAUCAAUUAUGCGCCACACAUAAGUGCACUCACAGGAUUGCGUUGAAUAAAGCGCUCACAAGGUGCCUCCCCCGAAGUUAUGGGGGGCAGUUGGUCCCACUUUCCACUGCAAGGUAACCGAUAUUACACAGGACUUCAAUAGAUGAGGGUAAAAAAAAAAGCUAUUUUAUUUGGUUAAAAGGUGAACAAUCACCAUAGGAUAAAUUGAAACAAACAAUUGGUGCUUCGCGUUUCGUUCCGUAAGGAACUUCCUCAGGGACCACAAUAGCAUUAACCCCUUAAGGACUGGACUGUUUUUGCGAUGUUGUACAUUUGCGACCAGGAAUAUUUUUACACUUUUGUGGUGUUUGUGUUUGGCUGUAAUUUUCCGCUUUCUCAUUUACUGUUCCCAUACAAAUUAUAUAUUGUUUUUUUCAGGACAAAAGGGGCUUUCUUUACAUACCAUUAUUUAUAUAAUCUCAUGUAUUUUAAUUUUAAAAAAAUACAAAAAUCUGAUGAAAAAUUGAAAAAAAUACAUGUUUUUUGACUUUUACUUGAAAAAUCUUUUACUCAUCUACAAAAGCGAAUGAAAAAAACUGCUAAAUAGAUUCAAAAUUUUGUCCUGAGUUUAAAAAUACCUAGUGUUUACGUGCUUUUUUUUUUGCAUGUUAUAGGGCUAUAGGUACAAGUAGGAUAUUGCGGUUUCAAAACAUACAUUUUAAAAAUUUAUCAAUAGUGACAUUGUAACACUAUUAUCUGUCAUAAAUCUCUGAAUAACACCCACAUGUACAUAUUUUUUUUAAAGUAGACAACCCAGGGUAUUCAAUAUGGGGUAUGUCCAGUCUUUUUUAGUAGCCACUUAGUCGAAAACACUGGCCAAAGUAAGCAUUCAUAUUUGUUUGUGUGUGAAAAAAGUAAAAAAACUAAAUUGAACGCUAAUUUUGGCCAGUGUUUGUGACCAAGUGGUUACUAAAAGACUGGACAUACCCCAUUUGCAAUACCUUGGGUUGUCUUCUUUUGCAAAUGGUAUGCCAUCAUGGGGGUAAUUCUCAUUCCUUGGCUACCAUACGCUCUCAAAGGCAACGUAACCAACCUGGCCAUUUUUAAUGUAAAAAUAUUUGACCCAUAUAUUUGACCUUGUAACGUUCAAAAAUGCUAUAAAACCUGUACAUGGGGGGUACUGUUUUACUCGGGAGACAUCGCUGAACACAAAUAUUAGUGUUUAAAAACUGGAAAAUGUAUCACAACAAUUAUAUCAUCAGUAAAAGUGCUGUUUGUGUGUGAAAAUGCAAAAAAAGUCACUUUCACUGACAAUAUCAUCGCUGUGAUAUGUUUUACUGUUUUGAAUCACUAAUAUUUGUGUUCAGCGAAGUCUCCCGAGUAAAACAGUACCCCCCAUGUACAGGUUUUAGGGUGUCGUAGAACGUUACAGGGUAAAAUACAGUACUAGCAAAUUAAAUUCUCUGGACUUUCGGCCUGGGUUGGCAGGCAGGUCCCUCAAAUUGCAAUCAAUAAAAUUACUUAAUUAUGUAAAAUAUUACAUAAAUACGCACGUAGAAUUUAAAUAUAUAUGCAUAUUUAUAUAUUUGAAGUCUACGUGUAUAUUUAUAUAAUUAUUUAUGUAAUUUUGUAUAUGGGCGUAUGUAUAUUUCUUAUUAUUUUUAUUUAUUUUUAUAUACAUAGAUAUAUAUACAAAUUCAUUCUAAGUGUAUUUUGAUAUAAAUAUAUAUAUAUUAAUUUUAAAAUACAGUUAGAAUAAAAUUUCAUAUAGCUAUAUAAUUUUUAAAUUUUUUAUUAUUAUUUUUAAAAAAAAUUAUUUAAUUUAAAUUACUUAUUAGUUAUAUUUUAUAAUAAUAUAUAUAUACAAUAUAUAUAGUUAUUAUAUAUAUUAUAUAUAUACGUGUGUAAUUUAAUUAUAAGUGUAUUUUUAUAUUAAUAUAAGUACAUAUUAAUAUAAAAAUACACUUAGUAUGGCAUUAUAUAUAUAUGAUAUAUAGACAUAUAUUAUAUAGAUACAAUAUAUGUCUAUAUAUCAUAUUUAUACAUAUAUAAUUAUUAUUAUUUUUUUUAUUACCAUUAACUUUAAUUUUUUUUUUGAUUUUACAGUUGCAGGGAGACUGCCUGUCAGUACAGGCAGUCCCCCUGCAGGCAGACACAUGGACACCUAUUGUGACCAUGUGAUGGCUGUGUUGAGCGAUCACAUGGCCACAGGGGUCCUAAUCUGCCGUGGGGAGACUGUCUGGGCUGCAGGCAGUCUCCCCACAACCGGAGCCACGCUGAUCGCCGCCGGGGGAACGACGGCGAUCAGGUAAGUAGCCCCAGACCGUUUGGACGGUUCAGGACCGUCAUCGGUCGGCAAGGCAAAAAUGCCGAUGACGGUCCUGAACCGUCCUCGGUCCUUAAGGGGUUAAAAUAAAUCACAGUAUUACACUGUAUGAAAAAACAUAUCCUAAUCCACACAUUAAAAAGUCCCUUUAAAUAGGGCUAAUCCCUAUGUCCAUUGGUAGAUCCGUGGAUGUUUACAACCUUCUGUAGCCUCAUUGUUGUCGGUACAGAGUCUCCUCAGCUGUUCACAAUCUCGGCAUCUUCAUCCCAAUCAAAAUUGGCGCGUUCGUUUGAGACCGGAACCGGAAGUAGGUGUGAUCCAACAUUUCCGCGUUCCACAUGCAUACCAGCUCGGUAAUGCUUGAAUUUGAGGGUAUGUUGCCCUCUCCUUCAUAGCAAUGAUUGACAAAAAUUUAUAAUAUAUAUAUAUAUAUAUAUAUCUACUGAAGAAAGAGAUAUUAGCAUCACAAACAGUUUAAAGACCAUAAUUCUGUAGAUAUCAUACAAAACAUAAGGUGGAAUGCAUAACAUAUAUUGUCUGUAAUCCAUUAUAAAAUCGUAUUCAGAUCCACAUAAUAAGUGAGAUAAUUACCAACAAUCUUAAAGUGACAUGUGCUGGAAAAACAAUAACAGGAUAAAAUAUAGUAAAUAAAAAAGUCUAAUCAAAUAAUGUUCCCCAAAAAAACCUCCAUAUUCAUUGGAGCAGCACACAUACCAAUGUCUAGAAAAAAAAGCUGUUCUUAUAUAAAGUAAUAAGAGAUAGUAGAAAGUCAAGCUACUUUGUCUUCCAAAUGAUGUUUAGUAUAAGGUCUUAAAGAAAUGUAACACCAUCUAUACAAAGUUUUUCAUAACAUGAAGCACAGUUGGGUGAGUCAACCCUAUGCAACACCCUCUUGGGGGUAUAUGUAUAUGUGUGUGUGUGUAUCACAGAAAAGGUAUAAAGGAUAAAGAGGUAUUGAUAACAAAGAUAACAUUAUAAUGAAUCCCUUAAUCCAAAAAACAGACUAAAUCUAUAUCUAUAUUUAAACCUCUGGGCUCCAAUGUUUGAAGUCUGUGGAUCCAAAAUGUCUCCCUUUGAGACAGUUUUUUUAUCCUAUCACCUCCACGCCAAAAGGGUAAAACUCUCUCAAUGCCCAUACUUUUGAACUCCAUAAAAGUAAAAAAGGGACAAGUAAUACAAUGAACCAGGACAGAGUGAGUAGUGAGUUUCUUUUUAAUGUUGUUUAGUUGUUCAAGUAAUCUAACCUUCAAAGCUCUUUGUACUACCAAUGUAUUAUUUGCCACACGGACACUGUAGCAAAUAAACCACAAAGUCUAUGUGGCAACCUAUCUCUGUCUUGACUUUAAGCACCUCUUUUGAAACGAAACUAAAGAGCCUAUCAGUUCUCUCAAUAGAUGCUGUAAUGCAAGCUUUACAUGAGCCACAACCCCUAAAUGAUCCAGAGUUUGUCAAAGUGUUACUCAUAGUGGGUUUGAUGGCAUAACUGGGAGCUAUCAUAUUUUUAAAAUAUAAAUAACCGUUGGACGGUCUGAUAGAGAUGCUCCCAGAACCGGACCUUGUAAUAAGAUGGGCCAAAGGUUUUGUAAGCUUCUUUUUAUCCUUUGAUGAUUGGUGUUAUAUUGGGUGAUGAAGGCAGAUCUACAAUUUUCAUUAACAGUGCGUGAAUUUAGUCUAACAGUGUGUUUCACUCCAAAUGGCUAAUAGAAUGGAUUUCUUUCUCUAGUGUGUUCUUAUUAUAACCUUUGUCAAGGAGUUUGUUUUUAAUGUGUAGGGAUUGAAUCUGAAAAUCCUAAAUAUGGGAGCAAUUACGCCUAAGGCGUGUGAACUGGCUCUUGGCUAACACGGGUGUCCGUGUUUUUGUUUGUUCUUGGCUAUACCCCUCAGCCAUGGUCUAUGGUGACAGCUUUGUUGAUGUACAAAGCCAUUACCAUCAGUGGGCUUAAAAAAACAUUUAGUUGUGAUCUGUCCCUGGUCACAAAAUAGAUGGAGAUCAAGAAAUGAAUUUAGUUCUUGUUCUACUCCAGGGUAAAGACCAGAUUGUAUAGAUUGGAGUUAAGAUAUUUAACAUUAUCCUGAAAUCUAACUGAAGACCCCUUUAAAUAAUAAUAACAUCAUCUAUAUAACGCCGCCAGAGCACCAGGUUUUACCUCCAGUCAUGCCCCGACCACACAAACAAUUCCUCCCAUCUUCUCAUGUAGGCGUUGGCAAAACUGGGGGCAAACCUGGUGCCCAUGGCGUCCCCCGUGAUUUGUAAAUAAUAUUCACCAUUGAAAAAGAAAUAAUUGUGAUCUAACAAAUUUAAUGGAGGACAAAAUAAACUCCUUUGAGCCCAAAGAUAACUCAACCCUUGUCAUAUAAUAGUCGAUCACUUCCAAUCCCAGUCUAUGGCUAAUCACAGUAUACAGAGAGGUCACAUCUAAUGUGGCCCAACUGUAUUCUGAAUCCCACUCUAUACUCUCCAUCUCCUGCAGAAAGGACUUGGUAUCUUUGACAUAUGAAGGUGCCCCCUUUUGCGCAGAAUCCACAUAGGCGGAUAAAUUGGCAGUUAACGAAUUAACGCCGCUGAUAAUAGGGCGGUCAGGUGGAUUAGGGAGACAUUUGUGGGUUUUAGGAAGAAAAUGAAAAAUGGGAAAUAUUGGAUUCUUUUGAAACAAAUACUCGAAGUUUUUUUUCUGAAAUGAUCCCAUUAUUUCUAGCAGCAUCUGAAAUUAUCCUAAGUUCUAAAUUAAAUUGAACAGUAGGGUUAUUCUUUAUGUAUGUUUUCCUGUCUCCCAAAAUGUUAAGUGAUUCCUCCAGAUAGUAUGUGGUGGUCAUCAAAACUAUUCCCCCCCCCCCACCCGCCCUGCCUUAUCUAUUUCUCUGAUUACCAGAUUUUCUCAUUCUAUCAGAUUCUUUAAAGUAAUCUCUUUUUCUUUGGUUAAAUUAUAGGAGCAAGAUCUCUUGCUGGAAUGCCUGAUCAACCAUAUGUUCAAAGGUUUCUAGAAAGGGACCCUUACUUUGAACCGGGAAAAAAAUGUGAUCUUGGUUGGAAUUUGUAAUUGGCCCUUGUCUCCACCGUGCUAGUGUCAGGGCCAGAUUAAGAGCCCAGUGGGCAUGGUGCUGACAAUUAUGGGGGCCUAAGUACAAAAACCAGGGCCAGAUUAAGAGCCCAGUGGGCCUGGUGCUGACAACUAUGACGGGCCUAAGUACAAAAACACUAAAACAGUCAUACCUCUCAAGCAUUAUGUAUCUGGUGGAGAUGUUGCCAGAGGGAAACUCAUAGUAUGCAGCUAUAAAAAACCUCAGAUUCUCUUAAAAUAUGCUAAUCUCUCUCUAAUUCAUGCUUUCAUCUUUCAAGUAAAUCCACCCCCUAACAGCAGUGUCCCAGUGAAGCAGGAAGUCAAUGGGCGAUGUAAAAGGGUGGGCCACUGACGUGGAUCAUGUAACCAGAACUUCCGAAAGGGCCGAACAUGCCCAAAAACUAGGCAUGUCUGCCCAAAGAAUUGAAGGCCAGCUUGGCAUGAAUGCAUGUCAGGCUGCCUGCCAAUCAUGCAAGCUGGACAACAGCAUCCUGAGCUUGGCAUAAAUGCUUCUAAUGAUGCACUCGCUCCAUUUCUUACUAGCAGACAGAAGCUCCUGGUAUGCAGUCUGAGACAGAGAAAAGGUGUAUGUAGUGAGUGUAGAAGAAAGAGAACAAGCCAUAGUGUUAGAGAGACCAGUCAGCAUUACCUUAACUAAUUUCAUUCCAGCCAGUCCACACACGUUUUGUUUUCGUAUAUCCCUCUUAAGUUUCCAUACUUAAGCAAGAUAAUGUGAAGAGUUUCAUGGAAAAAAAAUACAGGCCUUGCUAAUUUGCAUAACUAAUUAUGUAUGUGUGACAUUGCAUGAUGUAAAUCACAAGGAGUGACAGAGAAAUAUCUGUGAAAUCACCAAAAAACUACUUAGUUGGAUUCUGCUGUAUAGAUGAAUUGAUCCCAGUGCCUCCCUGUCUCCCAGUGUCCCCAUGUCACUCAGUGUCCCCUAGUGUCUGUGUGCCCAUGUCUCCCAGUGUCCCCAUGUCACUAGGGGACACUGGGAGACAUGGGGACACUGGGAGACUUGGCGACACUGUCUCCCAGUGUCCCCAUGUCUCUGUGUCCCUGUAACGAACGCUGAAGUGGUAGCUAGGGGUUCGUCAGUUUUUAAGCAAGAGUGAUUGUAGCUCGCCAUUCGGUUCCCCAUUCGUCGAUUAAUCCCAAGUAAGCGAAGCACUCAGGCUGAAAUUCUCCAAAGUAGUAAUAAGGUAUCCAAACACCAGCUGAAACAUGAUGACGGGUGCAACAGGAAUGAUGUUUAUUGAUGCCACCACUGGCUUUUAUGGAAGUCCCCCUGCAAGAGGACCUUCCACAGUGCACAAACAUGACAACCAAUCAUAUUUCUUAAUUAUAGUAAAACACUCCCUCUCUCUGCCUGUGAGAUAAUUAGGUAAGCUAAGGGAUAACCCAAUUAUCUCCAGGCAAAGGGAACACAUUUUCCCCAAAACUUAGAGCACCCCUUAAACUACAUGGCAUCCCCACAAAUAGCAUAUCCCCUGAUAGCCCCAAUCUGGGAGACCAACAUAUUCAAAUUUCACCCAGAUGGGUUCAAGGGUUUUCGAAAAGUGUGGAAGUCUUAUUUUACCGACCGCACAUGAGGCUCCUGCCCAAAGCAGUUCCAUGAAUUCAGUGUGUGUGGUCGGUCAAUUUCGAAAAAGGCAUGAAAAUGAAUUAAAACAUAAACAGAGCCUCCUGGCUCAUACGAGCGAUUGUUCACCUUGUUCGUGGGAACUGAACUACCAAACGGCGCUCUUCUAGCUGUUCAGCAACAAAAGGAAGCAGGCGUUGGUAUGUGUCCAGUGGUGAUUUUAGUUCCAGACACUCGACGACCAAGUCCCACUGACUCCUUUCUUGCAAACAAGAUGACCGCCAUUUUCUCUGCCUCGUGGCAUUCGACUAUGCGAACGGUGGCCACCCAUACAGAGCACUCAAUUGACGGUUCCCUUUGUAGUUAAUGAGCCAGGAGGGUGGUCGGUGUUCGGUAGUUUAAUCUACCGAACCAAUAAAACUUAAAUGAAUGGCCAAAGAAAACCCCAAAGUCAAAGCAGGUUUUCUCACAGUCCCCAUGUCUUCCAGUGUCCCCAUGUCACAAUGGGACACUGAGAGACAUGGGGACAACAGGAGAGAUGGUGACAGUGGGAGACAUAGGGGUUACUGAGACACUAGGGAUACUGGGAGACUAGGGACACCGAGACACUAGGGACACUGAGAUACAUGGGGACACAGACACCAAAGACACUGGCUGGGAGACAUGGAGACACUGAGACACUUGGGGGCAUUGUGUCCCUAGUGUCUCUUUCCCCAUGUCUCAGUGUCCCCGUGUGUGUGUCCACAUGUCUCCGUGUUCCCAGGUCUCAGUGUCUCCUAGUGUUUCAGUGUCCCCAAGUGUGUGUUCAUGUCUCAGUGUCCCCAUGUGUGUGUGUCCCCAAGUGUCUCAGCAUCCCCCAAGGUCUCCAUGUGUCCCCAUGUCUCAUAGUGUCCCCUAGUAUCUCAGUGUCCCCAUGUCUCCCUGCAGCCAUUACGCCAUCCCUCACUUCUUGAGUUGUAGGCUGUAGGUGAACAACCCUAAGAGUAGUGUUUUAAAAAAAUAAAGAUUUUUUUUUUUUAAAUCAAUGGGCCUAUUCCAUGGGCCUGAGCCUGGAGCUGCAGCUCCAUCAGCCCCUAUGUUAAUGUGGCCCUGGCUAGUGUUGAUAUCUGAAGUGGAUGGGUGUAAAAGUAAAUGUCUCUUGAUGAUCAGAGACUGAAUGUAUUUUUUCAAAUCUAUAUAAAGGUUGAAAUCAUUAGCCGCUUUAUUAGGAGCAAAUAUCAUUCCUUUAUAUAGUAAAUUAAUCUCCUCAUCUGAUAGCGGAAUCUCUGUUAAAUUAAAAAAUACCCCUAUCAGUUUCCUUUUUCCUCAAAGGGUAUAUAACCUGUGGAGUCUCCUUUAAUCUUCUAUCCUUACCCCCUUCUGAGGGAAGUCUUGAUGUAAAAGGGAGAAUCUGUUGGGAUGUUCCCAAGUUUCCGUCCUGGGGCGGAAAUAAUUGGUUAUGGAUUUUUCCUUGGGUCCUCUGUGUCUCCUUUGAAAAGUUAAUUCUUGAUCAUUAUAUUGGGAGGUAUUCCCAUACAAAUCAGUUUUAUUUCUUACAGCCUGGGCAUAAGACCUGGUGUCACCCCCUUAACAGGAGAUGUUUUCCUAGGGAGAUGGGACUGGGAUCUUUCCUUAUAGUGUGUCUUAUGUUGGUUAUUUGAAUUGUCAUAAGGGGGUCUAUAUGAAUCCUUAUGUGUUGCUCUGGAAAAGGAAUUUUUCCUAUCUCUAUUUGAGGGGGUCCUCGGGGUUACUUUUUUAUAUGAAAAAGAACAUGGUUCAUUUAUUACGUGUGGAGAAGGUGUUUAGUAAUUUAUCCUCCCUAUCUCUACUAUACUUCUUAUUCUUCGUCUCAGCAUUUUUUUCCAUCUAGUUUUUUAAUAUUACUCUGUAGGGACUCUUCCCUCUCUUUAAACUCCCUACUCUCAAGAUCUAUGGAGGGAUUGGUGUCUAAAUCAGUCAAUUCUAUUUCUAGCUUAUUCUGCAUCUCCCUAGAAUGUUUAAUGAUAAGUUGAAUUAACUGAAAGGAGCAGUUUGUGAGAAUCUCAUCCCAUUCUUGCAGGAAGAGAUCAUCUUCCAAACCAAAUGCUGGAGUUUUAUCAAUCAUUAAACCCGGUGGUAUUAAACCCUCCUUAAUUCUCUAGGAAAGCCACCUCCACCCAUUUCUUAGUUUCAGCGGUUAGUAGCUUCUCUUUCUUUUUAACAAAAACUCAUCCAAUCCCUUAAAGGGUUGAGGUUUUUCCCAUUCUUGGAACAUAGCCUAAAAUUUUCCUUCUACGAUUUAUUUGUAGGUUGGAUAGAAAAUUGACAUUUGUAGCAAUGUUUUAUCAAUAGACAAUAGGUAUGUGUGCUAAAAACCUGGAUAAAAGGUAAUAUCCCCAAAAAAACAGUAUAUCACCACAGUGUCAGUGAAUGUAGUGAAAUAUUAAGUAUAAACAAUAGCUUGGAGUAAAAAAAACAGCCUCCCAAGAUUGUUACCCAAAGGAUGACCUUUUACAAUAUAUAGAAAACCAAAACAAACAUACGGGAUACGGCUGGACAAAUCUUUUUUAUUUAUAACUUCACUUACCGUGUUUAAUAAGACAUGUUAUAAAUACACAUUAUCAAACAUUCUAAAAAUUGGCAUAUGAAAAAUGUAUGAACUGUGGGGCAAGGAGUACAUUAUUUGUGAAUGUGAUUCCUAUGUGCACAGCUACCCUUUAAAUUUCCACAUAUGAUCUUGGAGAUGGAGGAACAUAUCUUCAGAUAAGUAUAUACUGUAUAUUAAUCUAUACAUUUUCAGGUAAUUUCAACAUAAUAAAACAUAGAUUAGAUGUAUAUAAAGUGCAUAAGUGCAUGCAUAAAGCGUACCUGCCCUGCUGAACAUUUGCCCUUAAUUACAUAUGAGCCGCUCAUCAGUUUUACGUCUCCCAAUAAGGCUUUUAUGGGUUUGGAUCAAUAUAAAACCCACCAUUAAAGGCUUAUCGAUAAAUAAUCCAAUAAAUAUGGAAUUGAACUUUAAAAAAAAAAUAAUUGACUAUAUACUUUUCAAUGCAAUUAUCGCAUUCAAAAGCAAUUAUCAAAAACAUAAACCUCCAUAAAUGGCCUUGAAAAUAAAGACAGCCAAUAGCAAUAUGUUUUGUUUUUUUUAGACCACCCCACACCCCCUGAUUUAUUAUUGCUGUUAGCAUUAGCAAUAAUAAGGUGGGGGGGGGGGAAGAGGCUAAUAUCCCAAGAGCCCUCACUCAUGGCAGCAGGUAGGGGCUAUAAAAUUAAUUUAAAUGGGGAAAUCAAUGUCCGCUCAAGAUAAAGCCUAUAGUGUUCCUUUAACUGAAUAAAAAUAAACUAAAAUGGUGUCUCCAAUCAAAUGGAAAAACAGUGCAUAUUGGCAUGUAUUGAGUAGUAACACUUAAUCUGCAAAAUGUAGGCUAAAAGAGUUGAGUUGGAAGAAACUUCCAAUUCAAUAAAGCUAAAGAUGUUUUUUUAAUUCCUUUGACCUACAAUUUACAAGUUAAUUUUCAAGUUAUCAUAAUUCACUAUUUGCUAAAUAUACCAUACUCCUUGGGCUUGGCAUGCAGGAUCGUCAUAUUAAUAUGUAACAGUUACAAAAUAUGCUUUUCCAACUUUAGAAAUAAUAUCACACCUACAGUGUCCCUAUAUAGUUGAAACAGGCCCUACUUUGGCCCCAAAUUACUUUGUCCCUCCUUUUUGUACCUUUGUCCCUGUUUUCUAGGAGAUCCAUAUUGUUGAUUUGUAUGACUAGCAAACAGUGAAAUUAGUGUUGGGGUCUCAGUGUCAGACAGUGUAAUUCCUAAUUUAGAAUUAGUCUGCUUAGUCUUUUGAACAUCAACCAUUAUUUUUCCUUCAGGGAAUUUGGUGAUGUUAUCCUGUACAUCUAAGGGAGCCACUACUAUUUCUGAGGGUUUUCUAUUCCAUCAACCUCUUUUUGGGAUUCCCACUCUACUAAGCCUGAGCAUGAGGUAUUUUGCUAUUGCUUUAACUGAUGUAUUACGGAAAGGUACUGCUUCAGAAUAUCUUCUAGCAUAAUCCAUAACCACCAAUAUAUAUUGAUGCCCACUUGCUGAUUUUACUAGUGGGACUAUUAAAUUCAUGUCAAACCUUUCAAAUGGUACUUCACUUAUAGGUAAUAGUCCUAAUUGGCUACAAUAUGUAUUGAAAGAGGCUCUAUGCUGACACUCGGGGCAAGAGGAGUAAUAAUUUAUAAUUGCUACAAAUAUACCAGGUCAGUAAAAGCACUGCAAAAUUAUUUCUCGUUUUUUCUACACUUAAAUUCUCUUCCAGCAUAUGACUCUGUGCCACAUUCAAAACAGUGUGUCUAAAUGACUUCAACUUCUUCAUGAUUUCAAGACCAUUCCUUUCUAACUUGUAAACAAAUCAUUUCACACUUCAAAAUAAGGAUAUGAAAGGGAAAUUCCAGGUUGUACUUGAGCUCCGUUAGAAACAGCACUUAUCUCUAAAUCAUGUAGAACAUUAUGUUGAAUGUCUUGAAUGGUAUUAUGUGCCUCAUUAUUUUGAUCCACUAGGGUUGGCAUAUAGUUACUGAUAAAAAUGUGGUCUUUUUUUUGCUGGGCAUUUUGUAAUCCCCAUUCUAAUUCAGAGAAAGGAAUCACAUUUUCAAAAUUGCCUGUAACAUCCCUGGGUCAUUUUCUCAGUAGUUCCAUAAAUGAAAAAAAAUUAGGUGUAGCGGACACCUACACCUUUGCUACUAUCCAUCAUAUUUUUGGCUGUGCAUAACCUAAUUUGUUGCAUUAUUUUAUAUUAUUUGCCACUGUUCUUUACUUAUAGGAAACAAGUAACAACCUGUCUUUUAUAUAAUUAGUCUGGUUGCUCGGUAAGAAUCAGAAUCAGGAGCGUGGCACUAAUUGACCCCACCUAUCGUUAUUCACACUGCCUUAAUUGCCAACCACACAAACUAACUGGGCAUCCCUUGGGUGGCUGAUGUUCGGCAUACGAACACGUGGCGGUGGCCAUCUUUACAUACGAACGCACCAGCGGUGUUUGGUCAUCGAGUGUCUGGAAUCCAAAUCGGAAAACUCGACAUCACGAACACCGCAGAGACUUCCAUACUCGCACCCGUUCAUGUGCGGCGGCGUUCAGUGAAAAGAGUCAUACGAAUGAGGGGAAUCAUACGAACAAAGACACAACCCAUUAUGUUAGACAUUUUCGUGCUUUUCAACCUCACGAAUGGAGGCCGACGACACAAGGCCAAACACCUUGUGUGUGGUCGGUAAAACUAAGACCUCCAUAAAACUUUCGAACCCUUGAACUGAUCUGGGUGAAUUUUCAAUAUGUUGCUCCUCCAGAUCGAGGCUAUCAGGGGAUAUGUAAAUUAUGGGUGUAUGUUAUUGUUUUGGGGUAUAUCCAAGAAUUGGGGAAAAAUAUGUGUAAUAACUUAUAGGUAAUUAAGUUAUCUUUCAUGCUGAGGGGAGGGAAUAUGUGUACUGUAUCCAUCUCUUGAUUGGCUGAUGCCUAAAUCUCUGUGGGUGUCUCCCUUGCAUGGGAGAAUUGUAUAAAAACUGAGUGUGUGGUUUAAAAGACCAGUUCUGCUCCUAAUACUGAGUGUCGUCCAGUUAUUAGGAAAGGUGAUGGAAUAUUUGUAUAACCUCUUGUAUUUCUGCCUGCUGUCCUGAAGUAACCUGCAUGUUCCUGAGUAGCUGUUGGAGUGACCAGCGGAGAAUAAGCCCUGCUACCAUUGCUCUCCGGUACAUUUGGGCAGUCCCUCCUUAACACUACUUCAUAAGCCAAUUUAUUCACUACACUCACUCUGAAGUCAAUAGCACCACAAGGGUUUUUAAAAGAAACCAAAGUUGUGGAAUAUUCAAGUUUGUCCCCAUAAAUGCAAAUAAUAACAUUCUGUAAACCAUCAAUUUCCAUCUCGGGUAUUCGAUACUAGAGUCACCAUACUUCCACAAUCUAGCAAUGAUUUUACUUUGUUCCCUUUUGUCUUUAAAUAACAUGACUUGGGAUUAGGACAGCAAUCGGUGCUAGCAGACAUUAAUGAUAUAAACCACCAUUACCCAUAUGACACUGCAUAGGUUUAUUUUUCAAAGGGCAUUCUUUUGUCAAAUGUGCAGGUUCAUCACAACAAUAAAAUUUUCUAACAUAGUCCAUUCCCCAUCUAGACCCUUUUCCAUGGUUGAUGUUUCAAAGAGCAGACAUAGGACUUCCUUCUGGAUACACAUCACAUCCCUAAUUUGCAGGGUGUUAGUUACUCAGCCUCUGUGGACACUCCAGCUUUACAGGACCUUGCAGCUCCCCUACUGCUAAGUAUCUCUCCACUAGGACAACACAUUGGUCCACUUUGUCACUCUGGCCAACCCAUCUCCUUAGUGCAUGAGUAGGCGUAGCAGAAACUGGCCUGUAGCGGAGAGCUGAUAUUCCACAGGUUAUCUCCACUCAACAUCCCAGUGAAGCUCAGGAACAAGAAUUAAAAAUCCAUAAGGCAAUAAUUCCAGCAGGCAAGACAAUCCAAUAAUAUCCCAACAACAAUCACAAUGACUGGACGACACACAGCAUCAGGAGCAGAACUGAACUUUUAAUCACUCAACCUUCUUUUAAAGCUUUCCCCCAUGCAAGGGAGGGAUUUACAGUAAUUACACAAUACACCAAUCAUACAUGAGUUGCCACCCACACAUCCCCUUAGUAUGACACAUAAUCCAAUUAUGCAGGACACAGUUCCCCUGGUUUUCUGGAUGUACCCCUAAACAUAGGGGUACCCCUUUAAAUAGUACAUCCCCUGGUAGCCAUGAUCUGGGUGAGACACAUAUCCACAAAUCACAAAUCACCCAGAUUGGACCAGGGGUUCGGAAAAUUCCUGCAGGUAAAAAAAAGACGGACCGCGCUGGAGUUAACAGCCGAAAAGGGUUCCAUACAUUUUGGCCCUGCGGUCGGUCACAGAAAAAGGGAAUGAAACACACGAAUGGCUUGGGUUAUGAAGACUGGGGAGAAUUCGGGUAAAUCCCCUUGUUCGUGGGGUUCAUUCUACUGAAUGGGGAGCCGUUCGUAGUUCUUACACGAAUUGGCAGCAGUGUGGAGGUCUCAGCGGUGUUUGCCUAACCGAGUGUCCGAUUUGAGUUCCAGACACUCGAUGGCAAAACACCUCUGUUCGGGAUUUUAAGAUGGCCCCCGCCACAUGUUCGUCUCCCAAAUGGCGGCCACCCAGAGGAUAAAGCACACACUGCACGAAUUGCCAAUUACCCGUUUGCAACAUUGUUGCGAAUGGUAAUUGGAGGCACACUUAUUCCUGGGGUGGUCUGAUUGUUCGGUAGUUUCACUCGCAUAAUAACUGGAGUGAUUUUACCGAACAAUCAGAUGAAUUCUUCAUACACUUUACAUACACAUGGCAAAAUUUAACCGAAAACAUACGAAUACACAUAAUUCUGAGGAGAGCCCAAUGCCAUCCGCUACACGGCCCAUCAAUAGGAGCUCGACUUUGUGUUCUGAUGAGUUCAUUUCAGGUUGCAGCCCCUUCCGAGCCAGGUGUAUGAGGUCAAACACUUGUGACCUGGUUGCCUCAUCUGAGCUAUAGAUCCACAAAUGGAAUCUUUGUGCAUGCAAUGCUAGGAUUUCUAGAAGUAAGAUGAAAAUGCUUGUUCUUGGGUAGAACAUUGGCUUAAAACCAGAGUACAAAGAGUUGUCAUUAAUGGUAAAUUUUCAAGCUGGACAGAGGUGGCAAGUGGUGUCCCCCAGGGGUCUGUUCUGGGACCCCUUCUAUUUAACAUGUUUAGAAAUGAUCUUGAAGACAGCAUUGAAAGUCAUGUUUCAGUGUUUGCAGAUGACACAAAACUCUGUAAAAUAAUACAAUGUGAGCAAGAUAUUACUUUGCUGCAGAGGGAUUUAGGGGAUUGGGCACUCAAAUGGCAGAUGAAAUUCAAUGUUGAAAAAUGCAAAGUUAUGCACUUCGGCGUAAAGAAUACACAAGCAACGUAUACCCUUAAAGGGACACUCCAGGCACCCAGACAUUGGAGUGGUCUGAGUGCCAACUCCCACUACUCUUAACCCUGCAAGUGUAAUUAUUGCAGUUUUUUUAUAAACUGCAAUAACUACCUUGCAGGGUUAACUCCACCUCUAGUGGCUGUCUAAUAGACAGCCACUAGAGGGCACUUCCUGGUUCCUAGCACAGGAAACCUGUGCUAGAGCGUCGCUGGACGUCCUCACGCUGUGUGAGGACCUCCAGCGUCGCUCAUUUCCCCAUAGGAAAGCAUUGAAACGGAUUGUUUUCCUGGCACUGGAGUUUCCCUUUAAUGGAAGCGAAUUAGGGAUAACAACACACAAAAAGGACUUGGGAAUUGUUAUAGACAACAAACUAUGCAACAAAGUGCAAUGUCAAUCAGCAGUGGCCAAGGCCAGUAAGGUAUUGUCAUGCAUGAAAAAGGGCAUUCAUUCUUGGGACGAGAAUAUCAUUUUGCCUCUUUAUAAAUCACUGGUAAGACCACAUAUUGAAUAUGCUGUGCAAUUUUGGGCACCUGUUCUAAAGAAGGAUAUUAUGGCACUAGAAAAAGUGCAGAGGCGGGCUACAAAAUUAAUAAAAGGAAUGGAACAUAUCAGCUAUGAAGAAAGGUUAACAAAUUUAAAUCUAUUUAGUUUAGAAAAACGUCGCCUGAGAGGGGAUAUGAUAACAUUAUACAAAUAUAUUCGGGGCCAAUACAAACCAUUGUGUGGAAAUCUAUUCACAAACCGGACUUUACAUAGGACAUGAGGUCAUGCGUUUAGACUGGAAGAAAGAAGAUUUUGUCUAAGGCAAAGGAAAGGUUUUUUUACUGCAAGAACAAUAAGGAUGUGUAAUUCUCUGCCUGAAGAAGUGGUUUUAUCCAUACAGAUGUUCAAACAGCUACUAGAUGCAUACUUGCAAAAACAGAAUAUUCAAGGAUAUAAUCUUUCAAUGUAGGGCAAUAACUGUUUGAUCCAAGGAUAAAUCUGACUACCAUUCUGGGGUCAAGAAGAAAUUGUUCUCCUAGUUUGUUGCAAAAUUGUGCUUCAAACUGGGUUUUUUUUCUUUUGGAUCAACAGCAAAAAACAAAUGUGAGGAAGGCUGAACUUGAUGGACGCAAGUCUCUUUUCAGCUAUGUAACUAUGUAACUAUGUUAAUAUGUGACAGAGCGACUGAAUAGACUAAAGCUGUGACCUCAUCAGAUGACCGAGGAAGUCUCAAAACUGCAAUUACCCAUUCAGGCAACAAAUUCUGGUUGGGGCAAUUUUUUGCCUAGGCAUUCGCUUGUACAGGGCGUAUAGCCAUGUGUCCACGUUUCACCCUGUGAGACUGCUCUCUGCCCUCGGAGGGUAUCCGUUAACCUGCAUUCUUCACCACCUGCGACAAACUCACUCUGCUGGUAAAUGCUUGUCUUGGUUCUUUUAGUUGCACUGCCCUCUUCAUCACACUUCUUUCUUGAAUGUAAAAGGUAUUUAGCCUUCUUGUGUUAUAGCACCUCACAGGAGAUAAACCAAAACAAAUUCUGCUCACUUAAUAAAGUGAUUCAAAGUGAAUUUCCAAUUGAAUGCCAAAGUAGCCAAAAUGAAAGCAUAAGUCACUGGGAUAAUUUUUCUGGUUUGGCAAUUUUAACCUUCAGUGUUCUUUCCUAUUAGAACCACAUUGAUCCCUUUUUUAUAUUGUUUUUGACUCCAUGGACCAUUUAUAUUUGGUGGGAAACUGAAAAUUUGGUGGGUUAAACAUGGGUAUAUUUUAGUUAUUUCAGAUUAAUUAUAGCAUACGGAUAGAUGUGUUAUAAAGUUCAGUGUAUAUGCUAGGCACCUGAGGGGCAGAUAAAAAGGCUGCAGUAAAUCAAUUAAUUCAAUAAAGAAAAAUGAAUUAAAACGUUCUUUUUCAGAUAUUUCUAUUCUAUAUUUUCCCUGAUUCUUUUGGCUUCCCGAGUGAAUGAUUAUACAGACAGUCCUCGCAUACCGACCGGUUUCCGUUCUCUUGACUUGGUCAUAAAACGUAUUGGUCGGUAAGUGAGGACGCACUACAGAGCAUGUGCACCAGAGCAGGGAAUCCCUCUAAUAUAUGUUUGGGGAAAAUAGCCCGAACAUAGACCAGCUCUCUAGCGUUUGAAUUCCUCAAAUCCCUGUGCUAGAGAGCUGGUCAUAAGUCUGAGCCAUUGUUAAAUAGGUAAGUCAUAAAGUUAGAACUAUCUAUAUGCGAUGGACUGAAACAGUCUAUAUUUUCAAGUAUUAUUCAGUUGCCUCCUAAAUUGUAUAUAAAAAGCUGCUUUUUCAAUUAUAAACUUGAUUUUCAGUUUUUCAACUUCAACUUUUCCAUUUUCUGCAUAAGUGUUAUUGUUAACUCCAAAAGGAUCACUAUAGCCUCUUACACUAUACUAAUAGCACGAUUGCUAGCUUUUUACUUUACACUAUGUUAAAUUGCUAGAGUUAAAUUACAGAUAUGUUAAUCACUGUAUGUCAGACUGGGCAAAGUCAUCCGGAGUAUAAGGAAGAUUGUCUCAUGUUCUCACAGAUCUUUCACCCCCAUCAGACUAUUGUAGAAUAUCCCUAAAUAGAUUGAUAUAAGUUUUAGCAAAGAAAGGGAUUAACAUAUCUUAAGAUCAUUGUUUAUCUGUUAUUAAAAUGUCUUCUUUUUAUUUUGCAGUGCUAUACAAAAACACUGAACUUGCUCACCGCUACUUGAGAAAGACCAGUUCUAAGUCCCUCUUUAGUUCAAUUAACCAUUUCUCCACAAAGGUGUACCGAAAAAUGGACUUACUUACAGACAGUGUCAAGUAAGGAAAAAAUAUGUGAGAUGUUGAAGGAACUUUUCCAGUGUGUGUGUGUGUGUGUGUGAACUCAACAAUAUUUUCCAGAUGUCCAAGCAGCAAUCAUAACAACUGGGCUGUAGUUACCCAUUCCUCACAGGACCGAUAGCAUUGAAAAUGUUAAAAAAAAAAACCUAAAUGCAGUCCCCACCACCAGUCUCCUCUUCUCCUAGCCUUAUUAAGGGCAACUCCUGAGCUCCCCAGUAUUUGCUUGUCCUCAAGACAAAUCAGGUAACAGAGUUAUCUGCCUACUCUAGGCAGAAUAGGUUAAGCUCCUCGUAUUUUUGUGUUUUGGACAGAUGUUGUGAGGGGGCUGCAGCCUCUGGAGGGCUCUAUCUGGCUUUUGUGAAGUAUUGCUUGGUCUGUGUGCUUGUCCUUCAAUUAUCAUAGGCUGUAGAACACAUGACGGGCUCCUGUGUUUAACUCCAUUAUCAAAUCUGCCCAAUCAGUGCCGGGUGAUGGAAGGUGCAUCUGUGCGCACUGCUGUGAGGCUCUGUAUUUGGAAAACACACUGGGGUGUUGUUGCAUUCCACUUUCGGAUCCCAAAAUGCUACACACAUGUGCAAAGCGAUCAUGCCGCCAACGUCAAUUUUAAUUUAAACCAAGCAGUAACUAUCUGGCCUCUGUGAGUAUGUUAGAUUACUUACCAGUGUGCUCUGACCAGCCCUCCAGCCCAUUAGAGGCCUAUUAAGGUGAGACAAGUGGCUGUAAACUUAACAGUCUUGCUUUCUUUCCUUAAUACUGUAAGUUCAGUUUUGGCUAUGUGACUGCCAGAUACAAUUCCCAGAUUUUACUAAUAACAUAACAUAACGUCAUGAUUUUAUUAAUGACACGGAGGCGAGUAUUAUGCUUUCUCUUUCUUACUUUAUUCCUCAGCAGCAAAGAGAAAUAUAUAACUGAAAGAGAAAAAAUGUAAAAUAUGAAUAAUAUUAUAACAGAUACAACCAGAUCUGCCUAGUAACAGGGCAGCCAAUCAGCUUAUAGGAACAGUCCAUAAAUGUCUUGCUUAGUACUUCCACUUCCUCUUCUUUGCCUUCUGAACCGAAGACCCAAACCGAAAAAAAUAUCCACAUCAGGAAAGAACAAUCGCCAACAAGGUAGACGUCAUCACAACGAAAUCAAGCUGUAAAACAGAGAAAUAGGAGGUAAAAUCCAAACUCCGGAUCUGAAUGUAACAUAUCAUAACAAUUCGGCCUGUAUAAUCAUAUACACAAACUAUCGGAAUAACACAUAUGUAAUAGUAAACAGACUACACCUAAUCUCCUAGUAUCAAGAGAAACCGAGGAUACUUACCGUGAGGUAGAAGAUCCCCCCCGAUUGAACCAUAAACAUAAAUCCAACCCAUACCCAACGGGUGGGUGGGAAUAAUACUCGCCUCCGUGUCAUUAAUAAAAUCAUGACUUUACGUCGUGUUAUUAGUAAAAUCUGGGAAUUUUAUUAAUGACACGGAGGCUCCUAUUAUGCUAGUUCAAAGCUGAGCCACAACUAACGAGGAAACAUGGUCAAUCGGGCGGAAAUAAAAAUCGCGGAACGUAGAUUCACUAGACCAAUCCGCUGCUUUCAAGAUAUCAUCCAGCCGACACCCCAUCGUAGAAGCUUUUGAUGCCAUGGCACCUCUGACCGAAUGAGCUGAAAAUAUUGAAGUAUCAAUCCCUGCAGCGGAAAGGAGAUUCUUAACCCAACGAGCUAACGUAGUCGAGGAGACCGGGAGAAAACGGCGUUCUAAAAGAAAUAAACAAUUGGGACAAAUCCAAUGACCUCAACUGGUGAGUGUGAUCCAAGUACACCCGGAGGCAAGCCACCGGACACAGAGCAUGUCGGACUGAACACCUAGGGUAGGCCACCGACUUAGAACCCGUCUUAGUCCUCCUCGAGAUGGUAAAUGACACUCCCUCGGGGGUGAAGGAUAUCGUGUUCCAGUCCAAAGCUCUGACAUCCAAAACUCUCUUGCAUGAAAGGAGACACAGGAGCAUAACCAGUUUCCAGGACAAUUGCUUCAGCGACAGCUCUUCAUUAAGGGGCCACGAUUCCAGGAAGCCAAGCACUACGUUAACAUCCCAAAACGAUGAGUACCUGGAUCUCGGAGGCCUAGAAAAAUGGAUACCCUUCAACAACAGACACACAAAAGGAUGUUGUCCAACCGGUGAUCUGUCAAUUCCUAGAUGUCCGGCCGAGAUGGCCGACCUAUAAACAUUAAUAGUGCGGUAGGCCAAACCAGAUUCAAAAAGUGCGGUCAAAAAACUGGGCAGAAAGCGGAUCCAACAGUCUUCCCACGCACCAGCCAGACCACACACGCCAUGCAGACUUGUAAGCCGUUCUGGUACCCGGUGCCCAGGCACUCUCCAGGAGUCUUGUAGUAGGUUGCGGAACGUCCGCGACACACCAGGGUCCCCCGAAAUCAACCAAGCCUUGAGAUGGAGUAGGUCCUUAUCCAUCAAUUCGUGUGAGUUCCCAUGCGGAUCAAGAAGCACAUCCGAUCGCAUCGUGAUCAUCCGUGGGAAAUCCAUAGCCAUCUCCAGGAGACGCGGGAACCAAGGCUGAGUCUGCCAUAGAGGAACUAUUACCACCAACGUGCACACUUGUCUGGCCAAGUACGCCAGUGUCCGAGAGAUCAGGUUGAAUGGGGGAAACGCAAAGUGAUAAACCCCGAGGCCAUUUUUGCCAGAAUGCAUCCACUGCCGCGGUCGAUGGGUCCCGUCUCCAACUGAAGUAUUGGGGUAGUUGGGAGUUCAGUCUGGACGUGAACAAAUCCAGUAGUAACGGGCCCCAUAACUGAUCUGUCGAAAGGUUGAAGGAAGCAGGUGCCAAUCUCCUGAGUCUUUCAAGUAGCGCAAAUUCCAAUCCGCCCAUUCAUUGUCCAAGCCCGGAAUGUGUUCGGCCGACACUGCGCUGUGGAGGCAAAACUGCCAGAAGUCCUUUGUCAGGUUCGCUAGUUGUUUUGAUUUCGUGCCACCCAUGUGAUUUAUAUAUCUGACCACGGACACAUUGUCCAUGCGCAGAAGAACGCAGCAGUUUCUGAGAGUUGGAGACAGACUGCGAAUGACGAAUGAUCCCGCCAACAAUUCCAGACAGUUUAUGUGUAGCUUCGAUUUGAUUUCGGACCAUCUGCCACCUGUGGAGAUGUAACGGACCGUUUUGCACACAAGGGGUAAAAACCGUUUAGGCGAUCGGCCCCCUUUCCAGAGAUACAGGCACAGCUACUGCAGAACACCAAACUCCCGAACUGGAUACAAAAUAGCACUCCAACUCCCGAACUGUAACCUCCCAAAUAGCUGCUAGCAGACGAACAGGAAAAGCUCCCAAACGGCUUACACUCCUGGCAAUCAGUCUCUAACAGCAUACAGUGAAUCCCCCCAAGAACGAGACAAGGCUCCGUGUUGAGGGUCAAGCAGUGGUCUGAGGUGCUGGCACACCCAGCCUGGUUUUUAUUACAGUCUUGUAAAUACAGGACCGCCCACAGGGAGGUAUAAAACAACCAAUCACAUCACAGUUACAUCCCACAUAUUCCCUCCCCUUAUCCUGAGAGGAAACUCAAUUAUACAUACAGUUAAAACAUACUUUCUACCCAACUUUCAUAACUCCAAAACCAUACAUCACAUUCACAUAAAAUUACAUAUUCACAAUCAAUCCAUUCAGGGAACAACAUAUUCAAAAAUGGCACAAAUCAGACAAGGGGUUCAAAAGUUAGUAAAAAGUCCUUUGUGACUAAAUGAAGCAUGGCUUUCUGGCCCAAACCAGUUUUAGAGUCUUCUAUCCUGGAGAGUAAUUCAAUUAUCUCCCAGGACAGACACAAGACUCCAUUAAGCACAUGGUUGCAAAAAGACACAAAACACUUUAAAAUACAUAAAGUCACCUUUUAUACAUAAAACACAGACAUGUAACAUAUCCCCAGAUAGCUCAGGUCUGAGCGCACAUUAUUAAGUGAAUGGCGCUCAGACCACACGAAUACAGUUUAAUCGCUAUGGAGCCAAAGUCUUUACAGUCAGUUUCAUACAAAUGGGCUCCAUGGGAUUCCUAUCUGGGGUAUAACACAUUCAAACAAAUCUACUGAACCCCAGGCAGAAAAGCACGACUGAAGCUUUUCUGCAGGUAAAAAAGAUGUCUUUUAACAGGGGGCCAUAGUCCAAAGGCAGCAGGCGAGCAACCAGGCUUCUCCAAUGCAAUGUGGCGAGAUUGGUCUCGUCCCAGGAGACAUUUCCACAGCGAGCGCCCCAACCAUGCAGGCUGGCAUCCGAUUCUAUCACCACAUCCGGAGCGGUACCAAAGAUUGCUCGACCAUUCCAUGCCUCCAUAUGGUCCAACCACCACCGUAGUUCCUCCUUGGAAUUUCUGUCCAGGCGUAAUUCGCUUUCGUACGAACUGCCCGACAGAAGAUGGGAUCCCUUCAGACUUUGUAGGGCCUGAUAAUGUAGGGGUCCUGGGAAAAUCGCCUGAAUCGAUGAGGCCAAAAGACCAAUGACUCUCGUCAGUUGUCGUACGGAGAGAGAGGUGGUCCGUAGCGCACGUCUUAUUUCCUUCUUCAUAGCCUUUAACUUGGCCUCUGGAAGGAACGAGAACUGGGCGACCGAAUCGACUUCGAAACCCAGAAAUUCUAUUUUCUGCACCGGGGCCACCCUGGAUUUUUCCCAAUUUAUGAGUAAACCUAAGCUUUCCAGAAGAUCCACCAUCCAGUUCAGAUGCCGGAGAAGUUGGUCGGGAGACGCGGACAUAAUCAGGAUGUCGUCCAGGUAAAUAAUCAUGCGGACUCCCCAAGCCCUGAGGAAUGCCACUACUGGUUUCAUCACCUUUGUGAAGCACCAGGGAGCUGAAGAUAGACCGAAGGGCAGACAGGUAAACCUCCACCGACGUUCUUGCCACGUAAAGUGCAAUAAGUCCCAGUGUUCCUCUGCCAUUGGUAUAGUCAAGUAGGCAUCUUUGAGGUCCAGCUUGACCAUCCAGUCCCCUUGCCGAAGCAGAUCUCUGAGACAAUGAAUGCCUUCCAUCAUGAAGUGAUGGUAGCGGAGAAAUUCGUUGAGGUGUUUGAGAUUUAUAACCGGUCGAACUCUUCCACCCCUCUUGGCAACGAGGAACAAGUUGCUUAUAAAAGUACGGGACUUCCUGUAUUGCCCGUUUGGCAAGAAGUUCCGCAAUCUCCUUGUUAAUCAGCUCAGACUGAUCUUCCGGUAAUCUUAGUUCCUGUGGUGUACAUAAAUAAAUAAAAGAAAAGAGACAGCGCUAGUUAACUGUGGCAGCAACCUUAAAACCCUAUAAAACAAGAUAAAGAUAAAAAACAAUAAAAGGCUGCGCACAUAUGAUAGAGUCCAAUAAAAGGAAAGGGAGAGAAAAGGUCCAACUGGUAUAUUCUUACAGGUGUCCUUGGUUGGCGUGGUCUUCUAUUUAUAUGGUGGUUUCACUCGUUAUGAAAAAUAAAAAGAGGAAAAAAGGGACAUCCAAUGGUAUAGUAUGUAAAAUAUAGGUAUAGAUGUAAAAUAAAUAGUAUCAAACUCACAUUUACCAGAGCUAAUGUCCAGCUCUGGGGUAAAGCGCGUACAGCGGUUUUAUCCCCGCUUAUGGGAUAUGGGCAGGUUCUCCUCCGUGGAUGGUAUCCAAUUCUCGGAAUAAAAUAAACAGCCAAUAGUGCUCACUGUAUGGCAGAUAAUAAUUAAAUAAUAAAAGAAAUGUACUUACAAAGGAAGAGCAGACCCACUGCUCUUUGAUGAUAGCUUGGGUGAAUUGAUCCCCACCUACGGAUUUCUUUGGGUACAGGAAACUUCCAGGAAUUUUUUAGGUUUCUUUUAAAACCAUCAAAAUAUUUAAAAUAACAAUAAAAAGGCCAGGGUAAAAAAAAGGAAAUAAUGUGCGAAUAGAAAAGAUAAUUGGCACAAGCAAAUGACCAAAAAAUACUUUAAUAUAUAUAAAAAACACAAUUUAAAUAUCCAUAACGCGUUUCGUCACAAAGGGACUUUAUCAAAUGGAAUAACAUGAUUUACCUGGCACAUAGAUGUUAUAUAGGAACAUAAUUGUUUGAAUUUUGUCGCCAAAACUUAGUUUGACCAAUCAGAAUUAAAAACAUUUGUACGACUUUAAAAUGCAUAAUAACUUAUUCAGCAUAUAAUUUAUAGUAAUACAAAUUCAUUUAAAUAUGUAUAAGUGUAAAACGAGGGUAAAAAAGGGUAAUUUGAGGGUAUUGUAAAAAGUCACGUGACCGGCGGCACUUCCGCGUUAUGGAAGUACCGCCGCUAUGCCUUAUGGGGAAUGUAGUUCAUACACGGCAGCCGUUUUAAAAGUCCUAAAAACGGACUUAGUUGAUUCCCCAAAUUAAAGUAGUAUGGCAGAGUGGUAAAGGAGUAGAUAGACAAAGGGGCUAGGACGGGCACAAAGCAAUUUUAAACGGUCACGUGAUUUUCGGCAAUAAUAGCCAAAAUACCUUAUGGGAAAUGUAGUAAAUUAAACAAAAGCAUGAAAUCUAGACAUCCAAAUUAAAGACCUGGCACAUAUAAUACUUAUUAUCAGAGGUUGGUUGAUCAAAAUUAGAAGUUAAAAGACUUCAGUUUAAACAAGUCCACUAUUCUAUUUAAGAAGAGAGAAAUAUCCAAAUUAAAGAGGCAGACUAAAUAAAAAACAAUAAAUAAAAGGGCAGACUGGAUAAAAAACAAUAAUAAAAGGAUGUUGUAAGUGAAUUUUGUAAAAGCCAUAAUUUAAAAGAACAGACAUAAAAAUUCAUAAAAAAUUAUAUAAAUCAAAAUCAGCAUUGAGGCCAUGGGGUAGAAGAGUCUGAAGUUUAUACACCCAUUCCAUCUCUGUUUUUCCGAGUAGCUUUUUUAUAUCGCCUCCUCGCCGAGAAGUAGAGCAUUUUUUUAUCCCAAUGCAUUUUAGUAAACGAGGGUCCUUAUUGUGCAUAAUAAAAUGUUUGGAUACUGUAUGAUUUAGGUAUCCAUUUUUAAUAUUUCUGCAAUGUUCGCUCAGUCUUAUCUUUAAGCACCUUGUGGUCAUCCCCACAUAUUGGAGGCCACAUGGGCAUUCGAGCAGAUAGAUCACAUUUUUCGUAUGGCAGCUUAUGAAAUCAUAAAUAUCAUACACUUUUUUUGUUUGAUUUGACAUAAAUUUUGUAAUUUUUGAUGAAAUAACAUGAUCCACAGUUUUACAUACAAUGCAUUGUUUGCAUCUAAAAAAACCUUUUGUGUUAGGAAAAAAUGAUACACUUUUUAAAGGAGAUUUUCUUGUAAAAUUUUUAGUUAAAAUCGAUUUAAAAUUAGGUGCUCCUCUAAAAACAAUGUUUGGAUGAGUGGGUAUGAUGGAAUUAAGUAUCUCGUCAUGUUUAAGUAUGUGCCAAUGUUUUCUUAUUAUUUUUUUGACAUCAUUACUUUUAUUAUUAAAAUUAAAAAUAACUGGAAGUAGUAUAGUGUCGUUGUUUUCUUUAUUUUUGUAUAUUAAAAGAUCUUUUCUUUCUUUUUGUUUGACUGUAUUAAUAGUAAUAUUCAGAUCUGGUUCUGAAUAGUUUUUUUCAAUAAAUUUAUUUUUUAAAAACUCUGCUUGUUCAUUAAAAUCUGUGAGUUCUGAGCAAUUUCUGCGAAGGCGUAAAAACUGACUCUUUGGGGCACUUUCUAGCCAUGGCUUAUAGUGACAGCUAGACCUGUCAAUGGCUGUGUUAACGCAUACUUUUUUUUAAAAAGUCUUUGUUUGAAGUUUUCCAUUAUUAAUAAAAAUAUUUAGGUCUAAAAAAUUAAUGGAUUGUUUACUAAAUUCGUGUGUGAGAAUGAUGCCCCUAUUGUUAGUAUUUAAAUAAUUGAUAAAAUCAAUGAGAUGUUUUUCAGGUCCAUCCCAGAUAAAAAAAAGGUCAUCUAUAUAUCUGAAGUAGGAGACUAGGUUUGCCCGCCAGGUAUGAUUGCCCCAUAUGGCUUCAUUUUCCCAGUCUGCCAUAAACAAAUUGGCGUAACUAGGGGCAAACCUAGUCCCCAUAGCUGUACCUCUUCUUUGUAAAUAAAAAGAGUCUAAAAACCAGAAAUAAUUGUUUUUUAAAAUAAUAUUGAUACCUUCUAUUAUAAAAUCUAUUUGAGUGUUAGGAAUCCUAGCUUCUUGAAUUAAAAUUUAUUUUAUAGCUUGACAGCCAAUAUCGUGUGGGAUAAUGGUGUAAAGGGACUGGACAUCGCAUGUGACUAGUAUAAAAUUAUUUUUCCAGGUAAAAUCAUUUAAAAAUUUUAAAAGUGACAUGGAGUCUUUUAAAUAGGAUUUCAUGAGUUUGACCGAAGGUUGAAGAAGUGUAUCUAUGUAUUGAGAAAGAUUACUUAAAAGGGAACCAAUUCCCGAAACAAUAGGUCUUCCUGGAGGGUGUUGUUCAUUUUUAUGAAUUUUGGGAAGAAAAUAAAUAACCGGGGUAAUUGGAUAUUUUUUGUUUAAAAAAUUGUAUUCAUGUUUAUUUAAAAUUUUUUGUUCUAGACCCUUAUUUAAAAAAUUAGAUAAAAUGGUUUGGAUAUUUUUAAUCGGAUCAUUUAAAAGUUGUUCGUAUACAUUGCCAUCUUUUAAUUGUCUAUGGGCUUCAUCUACAUACAUUUUACUGGAUUGAAUGACUAAUCCUCCACCCUUAUCAGCUGGUUUAAUGACAAUGUCGCAAUCUUUUUGCAGUUCUUUGAUUGCCUGUCUUUCAAUAUUUGUAAGAUUGUUGGGGUCAUAUUUUUUAUAUUUAAUUUUUUCUAGAUCUUUAAGAACAAGUUUCUCAAAUAAAAUCAAAGGAGCUGAUUUAAAAUAGGAUGGGUAAAAUUUAGAUUUUUCUCUCAGUUGUGUAUUUAAAAAAGGACUAUUUGCUGUCUCUGAGGGGGGGAUAGAGUAAAAAAGGGGGGUUCCUCAUCAUUUUUACUUAUAAAAAAUCUUUUCAAUGUAGCCUUUCUAACAAAUUUGUUUACAUCGAGAAAAGCUUGAAACAAAUUAAAAGAGGAAGUAGGAGCGAAUUUAAGACCCUUACUUAAAACGGAUAAUUGUGCGGCUGAUAAAACUUUUUGGGAAAGGUUAAAAAUGCCAUUACAGGAAUCAGUAGAGGGCGUUAUUGCCUUUCCAAUCUUUCUCUUUUGUUCCCUUCUUCCACUUCGUCUUCCUCUAGAUUUAAAGUUCUUUUUUGAGAGCGUGAUGGGUAAGGUGUCUGAGCUAGUGCAGGUUGGUGAGUACGUAUCUCUAAAAAAUGAUCCUCAUUAUCAAAGUCAGAAUCGACUGAUAAUAAUUGAUAUCUAUUGGUAUGAUUUGGGAUUGUGGGUGAUUUUGAGUAAUUAGAAUACUCACUAUGAUCAUUUGUAUAUCUGGAUCUUUGUGGUUUUGGUGAGAAAUUAAAACCAGAGGGGUUGUGAUAUCUGGGUGAUUGAGGUAUAGGAUUGUGGUUAUCGUGAGGGAAUUUCCUUUGAUUGUACGAGGGUAGUUGGUAUGUAUUCCUCUUAUAUUAAAUAAGAACUUACCAUCUAAAAAAGAAGUACACCUCAGACAACUAUCCCUCUAGACCUAAUUAUCAUAAUCACAUGUAUGAUAACUCUCACAACAAUGUACCUUACCAACCACCUCCCAAAUAUCACAAUUAUGCUACACGUAGACCCCAUCACCAAUCCCCAUCCACAAAAAGACCCCAAUAUACGUCCUCUCACCAAAACUACGCUCCUUCAAAAUCACCAUACCAAUAUAAGAGGAAUACAUACCAGCUACCCUCGUACAAUCAAAGGAAAUUCCCUCACGAUAACCACAAUCCUAUACCUCAAUCACCCAGAUAUCACAACCCCUCUGGUUUUAAUUUCUCACCAAAACCACAAAGAUCCAGAUAUACAAAUGAUCAUAAUGAGUAUUCUAAUUACUCAAAAUCACCCACAAUCCCAAAUCAUACCAAUAGAUAUCAAUUAUUAUCAGUCGAUUCUGACUUUGAUAAUGAGGAUCAUUUUUUUAGAGAUACGUACUCACCAACCUGCACUAGCUCAGACACCUUACCCAUCACGCUCUCAAAAAAGAACUUUAAAUCUAGAGGAAGACGAAGUGGAAGAAGGGAACAAAAGAGAAAGAUUGGAAAGGCAAUAACACCCUCUACUGAUUCCUGUAAUGGCAUUUUUAACCUUUCCCAAAAAGUUUUAUCAGCCGCACAAUUAUCCGUUUUAAGUAAGGGUCUUAAAUUCGCUCCUACUUCCUCUUUUAAUUUGUUUCAAGCUUUUCUCGAUGUAAACAAAUUUGUUAGAAAGGCUACAUUGAAAAGAUUUUUUAUAAGUAAAAAUGAUGAGGAACCCCCCCUUUUUACUCUAUCCCCCCCUCAGAGACAGCAAAUAGUCCUUUUUUAAAUACACAACUGAGAGAAAAAUCUAAAUUUUACCCAUCCUAUUUUAAAUCAGCUCCUUUGAUUUUAUUUGAGAAACUUGUUCUUAAAGAUCUAGAAAAAAUUAAAUAUAAAAAAUAUGACCCCAACAAUCUUACAAAUAUUGAAAGACAGGCAAUCAAAGAACUGCAAAAAGAUUGCGACAUUGUCAUUAAACCAGCUGAUAAGGGUGGAGGAUUAGUCAUUCAAUCCAGUAAAAUGUAUGUAGAUGAAGCCCAUAGACAAUUAAAAGAUGGCAAUGUAUACGAACAACUUUUAAAUGAUCCGAUUAAAAAUAUCCAAACCAUUUUAUCUAAUUUUUUAAAUAAGGGUCUAGAACAAAAAAUUUUAAAUAAACAUGAAUACAAUUUUUUAAACAAAAAAUAUCCAAUUACCCCGGUUAUUUAUUUUCUUCCCAAAAUUCAUAAAAAUGAACAACACCCUCCAGGAAGACCUAUUGUUUCGGGAAUUGGUUCCCUUUUAAGUAAUCUUUCUCAAUACAUAGAUACACUUCUUCAACCUUCGGUCAAACUCAUGAAAUCCUAUUUAAAAGACUCCAUGUCACUUUUAAAUGAUUUUACCUGGAAAAAUAAUUUUAUACUAGUCACAUGCGAUGUCCAGUCCCUUUACACCAUUAUCCCACACGAUAUUGGCUGUCAAGCUAUAAAAGAAAUUUUAAUUCAAGAAGCUAGGAUUCCUAACACUCAAAUAGAUUUUAUAAUAGAAGGUAUCAAUAUUAUUUUAAAAAACAAUUAUUUCUGGUUUUUAGACUCUUUUUAUUUACAAAGAAGAGGUACAGCUAUGGGGACUAGGUUUGCCCCUAGUUACGCCAAUUUGUUUAUGGCAGACUGGGAAAAUGAAGCCAUAUGGGGCAAACAUACCUGGCGGGCAAACCUAGUCUCCUACUUCAGAUAUAUAGAUGACCUUUUUUUUAUCUGGGAUGGACCUGAAAAACAUCUCAUUGAUUUUAUCAAUUAUUUAAAUACUAACAAUAGGGGCAUCAUUCUCACACACGAAUUUAGUAAACAAUCCAUUAAUUUUUUAGACCUAAAUAUUUUUAUUAAUAAUGGAAAACUUCAAACAAAGACUUUUUUUUAAAAAGUAUGCGUUAAUACAGCCAUUGACAGGUCUAGCUGUCACUAUAAGCCAUGGCUAGAAAGUGCCCCAAAGAGUCAGUUUUUACGCCUUCGCAGAAAUUGCUCAGAACUCACAGAUUUUAAUGAACAAGCAGAGUUUUUAAAAAAUAAAUUUAUUGAAAAAAACUAUUCAGAACCAGAUCUGAAUAUUACUAUUAAUACAGUCAAACAAAAAGAAAGAAAAGAUCUUUUAAUAUACAAAAAUAAAGAAAACAACGACACUAUACUACUUCCAGUUAUUUUUAAUUUUAAUAAUAAAAGUAACGAUGUCAAAAAAAUAAUAAGAAAACAUUGGCACAUACUUAAACAUGAUGAGAUACUUAAUUCCAUCAUACCCACUCAUCCAAACAUUGUUUUUAGAGGAGCACCUAAUUUUAAAUCGAUUUUAACUAAAAAUUUUACAAGAAAAUCUCCUUUAAAAAGUGUAUCAUUUUUUCCUAACACAAAAGGUUUUUUUAGAUGCAAACAAUGCAUUGUAUGUAAAACUGUGGAUCAUGUUAUUUCAUCAAAAAUUACAAAAUUUAUGUCAAAUCAAACAAAAAAAGUGUAUGAUAUUUAUGAUUUCAUAAGCUGCCAUACGAAAAAUGUGAUCUAUCUGCUCGAAUGCCCAUGUGGCCUCCAAUAUGUGGGGAUGACCACAAGGUGCUUAAAGAUAAGACUGAGCGAACAUUGCAGAAAUAUUAAAAAUGGAUACCUAAAUCAUACAGUAUCCAAACAUUUUAUUAUGCACAAUAAGGACCCUCGUUUACUAAAAUGCAUUGGGAUAAAAAAAUGCUCUACUUCUCGGCGAGGAGGCGAUAUAAAAAAGCUACUCGGAAAAACAGAGAUGGAAUGGGUGUAUAAACUUCAGACUCUUCUACCCCAUGGCCUCAAUGCUGAUUUUGAUUUAUAUAAUUUUUUAUGAAUUUUUAUGUCUGUUCUUUUAAAUUAUGGCUUUUACAAAAUUCACUUACAACAUCCUUUUAUUAUUGUUUUUUAUCCAGUCUGCCCUUUUAUUUAUUGUUUUUUAUUUAGUCUGCCUCUUUAAUUUGGAUACUUCUCUCUUCUUAAAUAGAAUAGUGGACUUGUUUAAACUGAAGUCUUUUAACUUCUAAUUUUGAUCAACCAACCUCUGAUAAUAAGUAUUAUAUGUGCCAGGUCUUUAAUUUGGAUGUCUAGAUUUCAUGCUUUUGUUUAAUUUACUACAUUUCCCAUAAGGUAUUUUGGCUAUUAUUGCCGAAAAUCACGUGACCGUUUAAAAUUGCUUUGUGCCCGUCCUAGCCCCUUUGUCUAUCUACUCCUUUACCACUCUGCCAUACUACUUUAAUUUGGGGAAUCAACUAAGUCCGUUUUUAGGACUUUUAAAACGGCUGCCGUGUAUGAACUACAUUCCCCAUAAGGCAUAGCGGCGGUACUUCCAUAACGCGGAAGUGCCGCCGGUCACGUGACUUUUUACAAUACCCUCAAAUUACCCUUUUUUACCCUCGUUUUACACUUAUACAUAUUUAAAUGAAUUUGUAUUACUAUAAAUUAUAUGCUGAAUAAGUUAUUAUGCAUUUUAAAGUCGUACAAAUGUUUUUAAUUCUGAUUGGUCAAACUAAGUUUUGGCGACAAAAUUCAAACAAUUAUGUUCCUAUAUAACAUCUAUGUGCCAGGUAAAUCAUGUUAUUCCAUUUGAUAAAGUCCCUUUGUGACGAAACGCGUUAUGGAUAUUUAAAUUGUGUUUUUUAUAUAUAUUAAAGUAUUUUUUGGUCAUUUGCUUGUGCCAAUUAUCUUUUCUAUAGACACAUAUUAUUUCCCUUUUUUUUACCCUGGCCUUUUAUUGUUAUUUUAAAUAUUUUGAUGGUUUUAAAAGAAACCUAAAAAAUUCCUGGAAGUCUCCUGUACCCAAAGAAAUCCGUAGGUGGGGAUCAAUCUACCCAAGCUAUCAUCAAAGAGCAGUGGGUCUGCUCUUCCUUUGUAAGUACAUUUCUUUUAUUAUUUAAUUAUUAUCUGCCAUACAGUGAGCACUAUUGGCUGUUUAUUUUAUUCCGAGAAUUGGAUACCAUCCACGGAGGAGAACCUGCCCAUAUCCCAUAAGCGGGGAUAAAACCGCUGUACGCGCUUUACCCCAGAGCUGGACAUUAGCUCUGGUAAAUGUGAGUUUGAUACUAUUUAUUUUACAUCUAUACCUAUAUUUUACAUACUAUACCAUUGGAUGUCCCUUUUUUCCUCUUUUUAUUUUUCAUAACGAGUGAAACCACCAUAUAAAUAGAAGACCCCGCCAACCAAGGACACCUGUAAGAAUAUACCAGUUGGACUUUUUCUCUCCCUUUCCUUUUAUUGGACUCUAUCAUAUGUGCGCAGCCUUUUAUUGUUUUUUAUCUUUAUCCUGUGGUGUACAUACCUGGACAGGGGGAGACAACAGAUCUAGGCGGAAACCCCUGACCGUAUUCAAAACCCACACAUCUGUGGUGAUCAUGCCCCACAUAUCGAUAAACAGUGCCAGUCUGCCACCCACGCUUGAACGGGAAAAAAUACAUUUGGGGGUACUUUUCAUAAGGGCGUCUGUAUGAGGGUUAAUCAUGUCCUCCUCGAUUCUGCUACGGUCUCCCACGUGAGGGAAAGAAGGGAGAGGGUUUGUAUUCCUGGUAGGCCCGAGAGGCAGCAAAGGAACCUCUGUGAGUCCGUGAGGGACCUCGAGCUCCACGGCCGGACGGGCGGCUCCUAUACCUCCCGGCCCCUUGGAAAACCUUUGGGCCAAAAACCCAUUUCAAGUUGGACUGGGUUUUAUCCAGGGUGGUGAAGGUGCGCACAAAGGAGCCCAGGUCCUUAACAAAGGACUCACCGAAGAGCAUACCCUUGGCGGUAGAACCCGGUUCUUUCACCGCUAGAUUUACCAAUUGUGGCUCAAUCUUGAGCAAGAUUGCCUUGCGGCGUUCAGCCGACAUGGCCGUGUUAGCGUUGCCGAGAAGGCAAAUCAGUCUUUGGACCCAUCCGAUUGCUUUAUCGAAAUCCAUGGGGGUGUCCCCUGCCUUAGCUGCUUCCAAGAGUUCAUAAAGCUUGGCAGCAGGCCCCAGGGUGUCUAAAAUUAUGUGCUGGCAAUUAUGGAGUGAGAACUCCAGUCCUUUCCUGGGUUUCCAGCCUGUUUUUGCCAGGAACUGUGUAAUUUGAGGGUCGACCUCUGGCGUCUUGCAUGCCGCAUCAGGCACUGAGGGCCUUGGGCAUUCAACACGUAAUUUACUGCGCCCCUCCUUGGACAGAGGAGUGCGCAUACGUAGGGCUAGGUAGUUAGCUAUGUGCUUGGGCGGGUCCCAUUCCGCUGAGCGGGGAUUACGAAGGUCAUCAGGAUCGAACAGGGGGUAACCCUGAGGAUCGCACAUGCCUUCCCCUCACCCGGAAGUAGCGCCGAAGUGUCAGACCCCGUCUCAGCGUCGGAACCCCCUUCCUCGUAAGAGGCGUAAUCAGGGGCGUCCGAGCACGACUCCCCACUCAGAUCUGAGUCAGAUCCUUCAGCAACAUGGGCACGCACCCUUUUCCACUUUCUGGAUGAUUUUGCCCGGCCAGCAUCUCUCUUGCGCUGUAGCACGCCAUCUUGGACGGCCAUAGGCACGUUAGUAAGGACAGGUAACACCUGCGUCACAUCAGGGGAGACGUGUUUCUUUUUAGCAUGCGCCUUGCGGUCCAGCUGAGGCUGAAGUGCAGGCAGAGGGUUGGGCAUCACAGAAGGGGCCAGGGGUUGAGUCAACGCCUGCUGAAUGGUGUGAGACAGGGAUGAAGACACCGACCCCAUGGCCGAAGCCAGGGCCCUCUGCAUGGUGGAGUCAAUGAGGGCCUGGAACUCCUGAAAGGGAGUGAGGCCAAUUUCCCCAGUGAUAGGUGUUUGCAUGGGGUCCAUAAUGGGGUAACUGGGGCUGUCAGACUCCUCACCUCUAGCCUGCAUGAUAGGGCAGGUAGGGUGAACCCAAAAUCAAUAAAAAUCUAUCUCUAUAUAUAUAUAUAUAUAUAUAUAUAUAUACACACACACACACACACACACACACACACACACACACACACACACACACACACACACACACUAUAAAAAUCCCCACAGGGAGGAAAUAACGCAAAAUAAAUAGUAGAAAAGAAAAGGGGGGGAGCACAACUAACACAAUAACCUAGGAGGGGUUGAGUAACCCACUGAAAUACCUGCAACAGUAAUAGAGCGAAUGGGAGAGGUAAGCGGGGAGCCGACCUGCCGAGCAGUCCCAGCCAAGUGCUUGCCAAUAGAAAAGAUGGCCGCCGUGUGCAGAGCGCGCCGCGGGUACCCGGAGCUCCUCCCCCGCCAAUGGCCGGGGAGCGCGUGGUACACACGCGGCCGGGAACUCCCUCGCACCAGCGGGUGUGAGGAGACUGAUCUGGCCGGCAGAUAACGCGGCCGCACACACGCGGCCACGAGGGGAAAAGGAGGGACGAUCAGGGAGCAAGAAGCUCCAGGAGACAAAAACUUCCCCUGAGAGCCGCGGAUCCCAGCCUGUGCGGCCAAAAGUACAGCACAUGCAGGGAAACCGGGCAAAAGGCACAGGGGAAGAAAAAACAAAAAACACCAAAUACAAAUAACAAUCCACAAUGCAAAUGACUAUAAGCAUAAACAGAACAUCAGUAGUAAAUGUAAUCAGGGUAAAUAACCCUGACAGCCUUAAUACAGAUCAAUUAUACAGGAGGUAAAAUUAUACUUAGCUGGUCUGAGGACAGCAGCAAAGAAAGAGGAAGUGGAAGUACUAAGCAGUACAUUUAUGGACUGUUCCUAUAAGCUGAUUGGCUGCCCUGUCACUAGGCAGAUCUGGUUGUAUCUGUUAUAAUAUUAUUCAUAUUUUAAAUCUUUUCUCUUUCAGUUAUAUAUUUCUCUUUGCUGCUGAGGAAUAAAGUAAGAAAGAGAUAGCAUAAUAGGAGCCUCCAUGUCAUUAAUAAAAUCCACAUUAGCCUCUGUUUGUUCCACGAUUUUGCCCUACACACAGCGAGGCAAUUAAGCAAGGUUCUUUAUGCGUACAGAACGCGCAAAAACAGUUGAAAUUAGAUCUUUAAGGCAAGUACAUAUUGGUUUAUGUUCCAGGAAGCUUGUACACAAAUUUUAUGCUAUUUCCAAUGCUGGUUUAUCUACUGAAGAAAAGGCUUUACUCUGCAUAUGCUGGUCUGCGUAUUGUAUAAAGGCUGGUUUUCUGACAAUGCCUGUGAAAGCCAACCUCAUUGUGGAACACACGCAUGGGUUACUCUGUCUCCAGUGACCAGAAAAGGAAUUUACACACAGGUUGUGAUUUAUUUACUCUACCAGCAAAUGCAUGCACAUUUUAUUUAUCUUCUGUUUUUUGUAGACUAUCCACCUUUAUGCAACCUCAAUGCCUGUUUGUGUGCAGUGGUCAGACCACUAAAGUGUGUGUGUUUUGCUUUCUUUUCUUUAAACACACUCUAAGAUAUUUGGUACACUUGUUUCAGUUAAAACACUAAUGAGACCUUUAAAGUUUUAUAUACAUACUGGGUGUAUGAGAAAUGUUCAAUUCGAGAUAUUUCUCCUGAAGAUUUAAUUACUAUUAUUUAUAUAGUGCCAACAUAUUCUGUAACGCUGUACAAUAAGAAAACUAACACAAACCAUUCUGACAUGUUUUGACAUACAGGAAUGGCAGAUAAAGAGGGCCUUACCCAAACAAGCUUAUAACCGAAAAUGUUUAGGAUUUUCCUUGGACAAAGUAAAUUCCUAUACAGUUUUACCAUUACCAUUGUUUUAACUUUGUAUGCUGGCAAGCUAAAUUACUAGUGGAUUUUUAUUCUAACCUGUGGGUAUCCUCAGUUGUGUCUAAGUAUUAUCAGAUGCCCUGCUACUUAUGCAGGAAAGGGUUUAAUGAGAUAAAAUCACUUUAACCCUUGAGAUUAUAACUCGUAUAACAUGUGAGAUGCAGCAUAAAGACAAGAGUAACCCUAUAGUGUUAAAAACACUAUUUAGGUUCCACCUCCCCUUAAAAUGGGUAAAAACUCACCUUUAUUCCAACGUUGUGCAGGUCCACCAGUCGCUGUCCCUGUCCUGAUCCGCCUAAUUGACUGAGAUCAUUAGAAUUAAUAAUCUCAGCCAAUCUAAUCAUUGACUUGGAUUUUGGAUUGAUUUAUGUAAUUUCUGAUUAUCUCAGCCAAGAAGGUGGGGCCAAAUGCUGCGCGGGCUAGUCUGCAUCUCUUAAUAGGGAUGCAUUGAAUCAAUGCAUCUAUAUGAGGAAUGUUCAGCCUUUCCAUGCAGAACGUCAUGAAGCACAUCUAGUAGACAUCUGGGUGACUGAUCUGAUCGGUGCGAUCGGGCACUGUAAUGGUAUGACCGCACUUAUCUGGUACGAUCACACUCAGGUGCCGAUCGGGCACCAUGACAGAGGCUUUCUGAUUGGAGCCUCAGACAUUCAGAGGAAGUAGACAGGUAGAGUGAUCAGGCACCAUCUUCCAGAGUUUGGUUUGGUUUAAACCAUUCACUAAAAGUUUAACCCCUUAACCUAAGCCCAGGACAUCCAUGCAUUUACUUCUUUGAGAUAAAGUAGUUAUGGUACCUGAGUGGCACCCAAUGCUAGUUCUAAUGCUGAUAUAUAAGAACAAUUAUGUUUUGAUAAUUAAUCAUGUUGCUAUUUAUUUUCCUAGGCAAGGGAUACCAGUGAGUAAAAUGCAACAUGGAAAUCCAGAAGAUAUAUUUUUCAAUCUGUACAGGUAAAUGUGAUAAUGAAAUAAAUUCUUCAAUUAAUUUUUAAAACUUUAUGCAUGUUUUUACUUACAAUGCUAGCCUAUAUUGCUUUGCUUUACAUGUAAAUAGGAGCUUUCACAUUUAGAAAAUGUAAAGAUGUUGAAUGGUAAAAAAAAAAACUUACCUCCACUGCACUUCUACUUUGGUUGGAGGAAGCCUCUCCUGCUGAAGGAACAUAUUCACUAUUAUGGAUAAUAGACAGAAAGAUGGAGCAGAGUACUUGUAAAAUAGGAGAAAGAAGGAAAAUAAAACAUAUAGAAAGGAGAGAAUUGUUGUUGGCUAAUGGUAAUAAGUGGGCUACCUAGUUCAGCCUUCCUGCUGGGCAUUGCUAUAAGGAAGGUAAAAGAAUAAAGGAAAGGGAGAAAAAAAAAGGAAGAAAAAAUAGAAAAAGGGGAGGGAAUUGAGGAGGGAGAGGAGGACAGCUGAUGCACAAAUGAGAAAUCAUAUUAUGAGCAAACAGAGAAACUGUCUAAAUAUCACCGCAAAAGGAGACCUUAGUUUGUUCCUUACGAAAAUCAAACAAAAUCUCAAAUAUUUAGUAUCGCAGCAUCAGCCUCAAGUAUCUCAUUACUCACUAGUUAAAGGUAAUUGCAAUUUACUUUAUUGUUUUCUUAUUAAACUUUUAUAAAGUUAUAACAUUAUAAAUAUGCAUAAAGUAGAAAUUAAAAGAUAAAUGUAAGUACAUUAUUUAUUUAUUUUAAACAUCCUCCUUUCUGAAAAAUAUUCCACACUUGCGCAAAAAAAUUAAAUUGAAAACUGGUGGGCGGUAAGGAAAUUUUUCCAUCAAGAAAGAUGCAUUAUUGGACGGUAGGUAGAAAAAGGUUGACUACCUCUGGUGUAUUGGAUGCAGUAUGUAGUGUAUGGAGUGUGUGCAGUGGGGUUGGAUAAGGGCUGUGAGGGAUGAUCAUUUGUUUUUUAAAUUUACAAUUAGGGUUAUUUCCCCCUCUCUGCCUCUUACCUGUGGCCAGGGAGAGAUUCCCUUGUGGUCUGGUGGCACAGCAUGCUUAUCCUCUGAAGUGGGGGUCCAGAGAUCUUCCCCAUCAGCAGCAUGUCCUCUCCUCUAACGAGCCAUGUGUUGCCAUGGCAAUGCUCCACAUGAAAACCUAAUGCAUGCCGGAGUGUUGCCAUUGCAACUUGCAGAAAUGAUUGAUGCCCAGCGGGACCAAUAGAUGGGCUGGCCCUGGGUUGUACUGUAUGUAAUAAUAAAAGAACUGGACAUGUUCCUAUAAUUGCCAUAAAAACUCUCCGAUUUAUAACACUGCAAUGAUUUUGCUGCACAAAGAUAACAGCUCCUGUUUCUAUUACCAGAUCAGAAGAACACAUCAUGGAAUUUAUACAAUUUAUGGAUAGCUCAUGGUUUCUCUAUGACCAAGAAGCAGUUAUUUCAGCAUUUGAUCUUUCAUGCUUCAAGAUCAUCUGUGAUUUGGGAGGUUUGUAAUUUGAGAGCCUUAUUUUUCUAAUCUUGUAUCAUAUUGCCAUCUGUGAUUUGCGAGGCUUGUGAUUAGCGAGUUUUUAUUUUUUUAUGUCACGGUAUAAAGAUGGAAUCUAAAAGCAUGUACAUUGCACAUAGCGAUAAAUUAAAAUAUGAAAGAUUGCUGAAGGCCCUGCUCACACAAGCUUAUAAUCUAUGGUAGGCAGACACUGCAUGUCUUGCUCAACGACCUUUACUAAUGAGGUGACCUGCAUUGGAUUCUCAAACCAGAGGUUCCCAGUUCUAAAGCAGUACCAAUACCACUUCUCUAACCAGCCAAUUGCAAUGAAAUUUAUUAAACCCAUAGAAAAAUACAUACCUCCAAAACUUUCCCAUUUAGGAGGGACAGUACCAAUUUUGGGCCAAAAUCCCUUGUCCCUCUUUUCUAUCCUGAUGCACCCCUUUUCUAGGAGCUCCAUUUUGUGUGUGUGUGUGUCUUCAUAUAAAACAGAGCUCCACAGCAAUAAAAUUCACAGUAAUGUGUUUUUAAACUAAGUGUGUUAGAAAUCAUACUGUAAAAAUAAAAUAAAUUCUUCUUAUUAAUUCACUUGUAUUGGCAUAAAUUGUAAUUGGUAACUGGGAACUUGCGUAGAGAGGAAGAGUAAAGAUAACUAAUAUGAACAUAUUUUUUCUCCCACUUUUUCUAAUUAUCCAACUUGAAAACAUACUGCAGGAAUGUGUACAGUUUGCAUGCUAAAGAAACACAAACAGGGUUAUUCACUAAACACUGAAUUUGUGUUUUAAAUAAAAUGGGGACAGAAUUUUAUAUGGUAAGAUGCACAUUCACAAAUUAGCAUUGCAUAUUAUUCCUUUUUGCAAGCAAACAAUAAUUAUAGGCCCAAGAGUGUAGGAGUGAAUAAUAGCAUGUCCACCCAACUUGCUUAAUCAAUAGCUACGAAUCGAUGUCCAUGUCCCCCCCUCCCCCAUGUUUUAUGUUCUUAGAGCAACCACCAGCGAAUCUUUGCUUACUAUUUAGAAGAUAUGUUCCCACUAAUGGCAUGGAGAUCAGGGAUAUAAGGGAGGUUUUGACUCGCAUUGGCUUUUUAAAAAAUUAUUUUACUUUUAAUUGUGGUGCCACAUGGUUGCCAGCGCUGCCAGAGAGAAAAUUGUUCCAAUUUGUAAAAUUAGGGCCCUGAUCUAAAAUAUCUGGCCCUGGAUUUUAACCAUUCAGGUCCACAUUUUUGGUCGUCCGUUAACUUUCAUUCUGACUUAAAUCCAGACUAAAUUAAAACUCAUUUAGAGCCUGGCUUUAAAAAUGUUGACAUUGUUAAAGGCAUACUCCGGCACCAAUAAAUGUGUUGCAGAAUGCAGCACCGUAAGCCUACCUUUUUAGUCACACCCCCUCACUCCAGAAAAAAACUUACUUGUCACAGUUAUACACACAGCUCAGCCACUGACAGUAGUGAAUGAUUUGAACAGAACUGCUACAUAGUUGCCAACAUCUGAAAAAAAAUUCCAGGGACACUUUGCAGCACAGCUAUCAAUUACUUACUUGAACAUUUACCACACCCACUGCCCCAAAGCUUUACCCACUCUGUCCAACCCACAUAAUUAAUCUCCACCUACUUAUCAUAGUGCAGAUUAUAGGGCCUACUAAAUAAAUCGAGAAUUACAGGGAAUUAAAAUGGAAAAUUCAAGUUUAAGGCCAAAGUAGCUGUGUUAGAAAAAUUCACCCAUCCAGCGGCUCUACUUCAGCCUAGAGUUUGAAAUUCUCAUCUCAAUUUCCUGCAAUUCUCUCUUUAUUGAGUAGACCUUUAUAACACCAAGUUCCCACAACUGACCCUUGGUUUGCGAUAGAUCAUUUGCAGCACAGCAUCUAUAUCAGGCAGGUGCAUAUUAUCACUUUUAAGUGAGUUCGGUAUCAGUGGUGACACUGUCAGUACAAGUACAAAUAUAGAAAGACCUUAUGCAGAUAUGCUUCAUUCAGAGAGUUAUCUUUAGCAUAGAAAAGGGGUCCUGAAACUUUUCAAACAGUUCCCUCGGACACGGUUGGAGGCCGGACUAAGGUUUGAAGUUUUUUUUUAACAAACUCCUAUACAUACUGAAGAAGACACCUAGACAUAUACAGACACACAGACAUAUACUUACAUACUUACAUAGAUACAGACACACACAAGCAUAAGGACAUACAUACAUACACACACAUACAUACAUACAAACACACACAUACAUACAUACUGACAUACAUACAGAUGCAUACACACACAGAGACACACAGAUAUACAUAUACAUACAUACUGAAAUACAUACACAUACAUACAGAUAGACAUACAUACAUACUCUUAGAUACAAAAAAGGAUAUGCUUACUAUAUGAUACACUAGAAAAACACACCCUCAGAGAAGUGUACCUCACACACACACUAUAAAGAAUAAACACAAGGACGUAUAUAUAAAAACCCAAAGGUGAUAUAUACAAAUAGAGGGUGGUUGAGAACAAUACAACCUGAAUAUGGCUGAAAAUGAACGUGGAAUCUAUAAAAUAGCAAAAUACAAAAUAUAGUGAAGUAAGUUAGGCAAAAUUGGAUUUGCACGUGGUAGAAAACUUACAAGAAGGGAGUAGUAAUCACGUCAUCCUGUCAUCCUGUCAGGGGUACUUUCCACAUUGGAGACCGAAUAUAUAUGGCGAGGACUGACAAUAUCACUUUUUCUUCAGCUCAGGAAUAAAAUAUCCCUUUUUCCUUCAGCUCAGGAACAAAAGAAAAAAUAUAGAUAGUGCAGAUUGUAUAAAAAUAACAAAAUUUAUUCCAAAUAUUGCACUUACAAGAAAUCAGAAGUAUUAUGGCCAUUACUUCAUUAUGGAGAUAUGCUGUCUUACUUCUGAUUUCUUGUAAGUGCAAUAUUUGGAAUAAAUUUUGUUAUUUUUAUACAAUCUGCACUAUCUAUAUUUUUUCUUUUGUUCCUGAGCUGAAGGAAAAAGGGAUAUUUUAUUCCUGAGCUGAAGAAAAAGUGAUAUUGUCAGUCCUCGCCAUAUAUAUUCGGUCUCCAAUGUGGAAAGUACCCCUGACAGGAUGACAGGAUGACAGGAUGACAGGCGUGAUUACUACUCCCUUCUUGUAAGUUUUCUACCACGUGCAAAUCCAAUUUUGCCUAACUUACUUCACUAUAUUUUGUAUUUUGCUAUUUUAUAGAUUCCACGUUCAUUUUCAGCCAUAUUCAGGUUGUAUUGUUCUCAACCACCCUCUAUUUGUAUAUAUCACCUUUGGGUUUUUAUAUAUACGUCCUUGUGUUUAUACAUACUCUUAGGUUUGCCACCUGACUGGUAUUUUACUGGCACAGUCGGUAUGUGAGGCUGCCUGGCCGUGACGGUAUUGCAGUAAUACCGGCAAUACAAAUGCAGGUAAUUUUCUCAUAAUAAAUGGAGAUUACUCUGCAAUACCAGCACUUGCCAGUAGGGGUCACUGUGUGUGGAGAGAGGCAGGGAUAGGAAGUUACAGAAUAUCCCUGCCUCUCUCUAUUACUCACUGAUCCGUGGGGGAGCAGCUACACAGCACAGAGUCCAGACAGCAGCUCUACAGCUCAGGUAAGUGAGGGAUGGGGGGAAAGGCAGCAGGGACACAUGGGGACACUGAGACACUAAGGGACACAUGGUGACACAGACACUAGGGGACACUGAGACACUAGGACACAUGGGGAAACACACUGGGAGACCUGGGGACACUGAGACACUUGGGGACACUGGAAAACAUGGGGACACUAGAAAACAUGGGGACACUGGAAAACAUGGGGACACUGAGACACUAGGGGACACUGGGUCACAUGGGGAUGCUGUGAGACAUAGGUACAUUGGGAGACUAUGUUCCCAUGUCCCCCAGCCAGUGUCCCUAGUGUCUCAGUGUCCCCAAGUCUCCCAGUGUCUGUAUCCCAUGUCUCUCAGUGUGCCUAGUGUCCCCAUGUGUCCCUAUAUGUCCCAGUGUCCCCAUGUCUAUGUCCACAACUGUCCCCAUGUGUCCCCAAAUGUCUGUCUCCCAGCCAGUGUCCCCUAGUCUCCCAGUAUCCCGUAGUCUCUCAGUGUCUGUGUCCCUAGUGUCUUAGUGUCCCCAAAUGUUUCAGUGUCCCCAUGUCUCCCAGUGUCUGUGUUCCUAGUGUCUCAGUGUGCCUGGUGUCCUCAUGUCUCCCAGUGUCCCUAUAUGUCCCAGUGUCCACAACUGUCCCCAUGUCUCCCAGUGUCCCCAAGUGUCUGUCUCCCAGUGUCCCCUAGUCUCCCAGUGUCUGUGUUCCCAUGUCUCUGUGUCCCUAGUGUCUUAGUGUCCCCAAAUGUUUGUGCCCCCAUGUCUCCCAGUGUCUGUGUCCCUAAAUGUCUCUGUGUCCCCAUGUCUCUGUGUCCCCGGGUCUCUCAGUGUCCCCAGUAUCCUAGUGACAUGGGAACACACUGAGACAUUGGGACACUGGGAGAAAUGGGGACACAGACACUGGGAGACUAGGGGACUGGGCAACAUGGGGACACUGACACUGUGAUACAUAGGAACACUGGGUGACUUGCGAGACUGAGACACUAGGAGACAGGGAGACACUGGGAGCAAUCCAUCUAUACAGCAGAAUCAAACUGUGAGAAGUUUGUUGGUGAUUUUACAGAAUUUUCUCUGCUGUCACUCCUUGUGAUUUACAUCAUGUGAUGUCACGCAUAACUAAUUAAUUAUACAAAUGAUUAAGGCUGGUAUUUUUUUCCAAGAAAGGUGGCACUCAGGAUGUGGGGAAACAGUAGUCUCCAUUUAGUACUGUAGAUUUGUUCUCGUUGGCAUCCAUUCUAAUUAGGUAUAGGAAAGUCAUCUCUCAUUUGCUGGCAACAUAGAUGUAAAUCAUUAUGAAUUAAUUCCAAAUGGCACAUGAGGAAACAAAAUCUCACUUCUAGUCAGCCGUUUGUAAUGGCUGCUGAAUUUGCUGAACACUGAGAUUUGCUGUGAUUAACUACUCCACAUAUUUUUGCUUAAAGGAGCAAGAAUCAUGUAUCAUGUAUUUCUGACCCUAUUAUGUUAAAACCACCACCCUGGCCCCUUCUUGCCUCCCUAAAAAUAGUAAAAUAUUACUUGUAUUCAAGUCUGCAGCUGCUGUCUCAAAAGUGGUGGUCUGAGCAAAUAACAAUACUUCCCCAUAGGAUUGGCUGAGACUGUCAACUAGGCAGAGCUAGCACAAGUCCAACAUAUCCCCGGCCAAUCAGCAUCUCCUCAUAAAGAUAAAUUGAAUCAAUGCAUCUCUAUGAGGAAAGUUCAGUGUCUGCAUGCAGAGGGUGGAGACACUGAAUGGCAGUGCUGCAGACUAGGCAGUACUGCCCCAGGAAGCACCUCUAGCAGCCAUCUAAGGAGCGGCCAGUGGAGUUAUUUUCUCUGAAAAGACAGUGUUUACUGCAAAAAGCAUGAAUGGAAUGCUUCUACUUACCAGAACAAAUACAAUAAUCUGUAGUUGUUCUGGUGACUAUAGUGUCCCUUUAAGUUUGGAAGCUUAAGAGGGAUGUAUGGGAACAAAACUUGUGUGGCUGGCUGACAUUAAAAUUUGUUUAGGUAAUGCAGACGUUGGUCUCUGUGGCAUGUCCCCUUUCUUCUACACUCACUACAUACACCUUUUCUCUGUCUCAGACUAUAUACCAGGAACUUCUGCCUGCUAGUAAGAAGGUAAGGAGACAAUUGGACCAGCGAGUGCUAGGGGAAAGUCCUUGGAAAGCAUGGAGUGAGCGCAUUUUUAAACGCAUUUAUGUCAAGCUCAAGGUGCUGCCUGCAUAGUAUGCCCUUAGCUGGACAGCCUGCAGAAUUGGCAGGCAGCCUGACAUGCAUUCAUGCCAGGCUGACCUUCCAAUUCUUUGGACAAACAUGCCCCCUUUUUGGCAGGUCUUGUCACGUGAUUCGCGCCAGUGGCACACCCUUUUACCCCGCCCAUUCACUUCCUGCUUCACUGGACACUGCUGUUAGGGGUUAUGGAUUUACUUGAAAGAUGAAAGCAUAAAUUAGAGAGAAAUUAGCAUAGAGUAUGUGUUUUCUUAUAGCUGCAUUCUAUGAGUUUCCCUCAAGCACCAUCUCCAUCAGAUACAUGACGCUUGGGAGGGAGGACUGUUUUAGUGGUUUUGGUUGAUAAGAUUCCGUAAUUAGGCCCACUGUGCUCUUAAUCCGGCCCUGCCUGCAUGCCUGUUGCUACCUCUGCAUAAGGCUGUAGCUUAUCUUGGUAGCUGUGAGUCCUGGGAGCUAAUUAAUGUUCAUAUGUGUGAUUUUGGUGGGUGGGUUGGUUGGAGAUUUGUAAGGGGCCCAGGGUCAGUGCAAGGAUUUUUGGCUACACAGGCAAAGAUGCAUUUUGUCUUUCUUCCCAGCCCCUUUCUGUGGCUCUCUCCCCUCAGCGCAUUGUGUGUCUUUUUCCAUGCGAUAUAGACAUAGAUAGAUAGCAACAUAACUAUACAUUCAGUCACCUAGCUAUGCAAGCACACAAUCAAACAAAUACAGGCACACAGCCAUACUAUCUACACAUACAGGUACAAUGUCAAACAAACACACACAGACAUUCAGACACUGUCAUACAGACACAGGCAUACAAAGACAUACAGACACAGGCUUAUAGUCUUACAGAUACAAUCUUGGGAAUGGCACUGGUAGUGGGUUGUAGUGGCUGUAAUUGAAACAUUAGGGGCUGUAGUAGGGGGUUAGGGGCUAUAGUGGGUGGACAGGAGCUGUAAUUGGGGGUUUAGGAAAUGUAGUGGGGACAGGGGCUGAAGUAGGUUGAUGGCUACAAUUCGGGCAAGGGGCUGUGGUGUGGGUGAUAUGGGUGCCAUUGGGAGAGAGGGACUGUAGUGGGGAUGUUAUGGGGUUGUAGUGAGGGUAUGGGGUCUGUGGUGGGGGGCAUGGGGCUGAGAGGGGGACACAGGGGUUGAGAGGAAGGGGGGCAGGGGUCUAAAGGAAGAGGGACAGGGGUCUGAGGGGUGGGGUUAAAAAAAAAAACUAAAGUGCAUUCCCUCUCUGAGGCUUACCUUGGGUCAUAGAUCUGGGGUCUGUCAGCAGUCAGGGAAGCCUGUGCUCUUCUCCCAGACUCCCCAGCGGUCCUGAGAGAAGAACAGUGGAAGUCACGCCCCCUCAUCCUGACCUCAUCAGGAGAGGCCGGCCGACUCCACUUGCUGCAGGGAGAGUGAGGUGAGUUUAAAAAUCAGAGUCCCCAGCCAGAGACAGGGGAUUUGGAUUUUUGCACCCUUCUGCUCUGGCGCCCUAAAUCGUCCGCUUGUUCCGCCACAUGGCCGCGCCGGCCAUGAAGGGGCCCCAAGAGUUCUGAUGGUAUAGAUAUCAUAUAUGUGAAGGACUGCCAUUAUGCAGAGUUAUGGAGUUUUGAUCUAACAUUCCUACACCAUAUUGCAGAGGCAUGGAGGCAAGUUGAAUGACAAAUAUUUCACAAUGACAAAAUAGCAGGUACAAUAAGAUAUGAAGGGCGGGGCUGUCUGGGAAAAAAAAAACAAGGUAGGUAGGACACUAAUUUGCUUCUCCUUACUUGGAUGGUGAAAUCCAACAAGUAAUGGGAUCUUAUACUCAAGCAGUCAAGGUAAGAUAAAACUUGUAAAGUGACGGCUUGUUAGCUAAGGAAUAAGACUUAUACAUCAUGUACUUGGGCAAGUUGGUGAGUGAUGCCAAAGUCCUUUAAUCCAAAUGUCUUUAAAAAUUAACAAAUAAGAGAGGUCACUUCCUAAAGGGACUAAUGUCAUGAAAAUAAUCCUUGAGGGCAUGAACUUUUCUUGGCAUUUGGAGGUAAAAUACAAAAGGAGAGAGCAAUAGUCUCCUGGUCAAUAUCAGAGGGAGUUCACAAGGGACAUUUCAAAGAAAAUAAGGAUUAAGUUCUGCCUGGGUCUUAGGCAGGUUACAGGUUUGCCCCCUCCCCAUUCACUCUUCAAAUAGGGAUGGUGAAUAGGCCCAAGCAAAUGAAUGGUCCCAGAACCCAAAGCACAUCUAAGGUAACCUCAUGGUUAAUCCUCAUCUAGCUGAAAGUUCAGAAACCUUCCUGCCUAGGGAAAUUGCAAGAAGAAUCAACAGUUUCACAAUAACAGCUGUAAAUCCAUUGCAUGUGUAUGCUCAAAAGGAGCAUAUAGCAACACCUUGAGCACUCCGUUAAUACUUUUAUGUGAGGGAGCUUAAUUAAUAAAGUUUUUUUUUUUUUAAGUGCCUUGCAUUUGCAUGAGAAACGUCCAAACACCAGGAAAAACCCUAAAACAAGAGGUAUCUCCCUCACACCUAAGAUCAGCCAAACUAACAGCUGCAUUACAUGUGUUCCUGUUAAACGGAUGUGUACCAAUUACACUGCUCAAAUUACAGGCCUAGUGGAGGAAUAUCAAUGAUAGGGAGGGCAGAGUGGCCAGAGGGGGCAGGCUGACACUGAAUCUGGAACUUAACUAAGGUGUUUUGGGCACCUUAAACUGGGAAGAUAUAUCCCCUCUGGACUUCAAGCCUAUCUGUUCACAGGCAUCAACACCAAGAAUCUUUAUAGGCAGCUGUCCAUUACAACCUAACUCUCCCUUCCAGAGAAUAGGUCAGAACAGGCCAGUAAAAGACAGAUGUAUCGAUCCCUAGAGUGGUAAGGCUAAAGUGAGUAUCCCAAGGAUAAAGAAAUUGGUAAACUAGGCCAAAACAGGGCACAUUAGUACAGGAACAGCACGUAAGCAAACCAGAUUAAAAUCAAGAAAGUUUUAAUACAAGAAUGUGUUAUCAGAGACCACAAAAAACUUCCUAGAGGGGGGUAGAAUAUAGCAUUGUAGAAGCAUUGUCCUUCAAGUUGGUGGGUCUUUAUCCCAUUUGUCAUGACUUGAUCAUUCACUAAUGGAAAUAAGGAGUAUAUCUGUUUUUUGAUCCAUACAGAUCAAUAUAAACUGAACAUUCAAGUGUUUGCCUUUUUCAUUAGGAUGCACAGGGACUUUGGCAAAAGUUUGUGACUCUAUGUAUCCAACCUCGUCCGUCAUUCUCUAUGAUCUACCAGAGAUAAUACAAGUCACACAGGAACAUUUUAUAUCAAAAGAGGACAAUCGCAUUUCUUUUCAGAAAGGUAUGAUUUAAUAUUUUACUGCAUAUGUAAAUUUUUGCACAACGGAGUCUGAACGAUACCAUGUAAAGGAAAACUAUUAUUUAAAAGGACACUCCUUUGCCCUAAUACAAAAACGUGUUUGAAAAAUCUUUACUAGGAAUAUAUAGCCCACAUGAAAACAUGCAUGCAUUUAAUUAUGUAUUUUUAUUGAGGUUAUAUUUAAAAACAGCUUGCAGAUCUUUUCCCUACAGCUUUGCAAGCCCUUCCCCUUCUUCUCCAUCCCAGCCAUACCUAGAUUUCCCAUCAGAAGGCUCUCCUCCCUGCUCUAAGCCCUUGCAUUGCUGCAAGUUGGGGGCAGAGUCUUCAGUCCCGAUGCCAGCUUUUCUGCUGGUUGAGUGGUAUACCCGGUGACAAACGCUCCUUUCCACGUACUCUUGCCAUGGACUCCUGGAUGAGUGUGGAAGCUGGCCUCCCUCCCACCAACUAUGGUCCACGUCUGAGACACUGAUUGAGAGCUACCCUGCCAUUACUAGCUUUCCCUGGGUACCCCUGGUUUGGCACUUUCCCUUCUUGUGAAUGGAACCAAACGCUAGCUCUCUGGCAGCUGUUCGCAUGAACAAAACCCAUGAAUAGUCCCAGCAGUACGUAGCUGCGACCUCUAUUGAACAAAUUUCGGGAUGAGGACUUCGUGGGUUCCCGAUCACCUCAGUGCGACUUAGCCGCGAAUGUUAUGGAACUGUUUUUUAGAGGGAAGGUGCCGGAGACUAGGGGGAACAAAUGCUACCUGAGAGACAGGCGGAGCAACCCAUAUUGCGGCCACAGGAGCUCCCGAACGUUGACCAGCGAAAGCACCAAAUGCUGGUUCCUGGGAGAUAUUUAGCUUACUGGUCGUUAACGCAAUUAUAUUCCAGGCCCAGAGAUUCCUGGGAGUGGCUUGUGCUUGGGUCUGUGUAUAAAAGGCAGAGUUUGGCCCAUUAAAAUCAGUUGUACUCCCAGAACUAUGUGUCUUCUCUUCUCUUGGAGGGGAAGGGCAAUAAUCACUGCUCAGCACCUUGUUGCAGAUCGUGGAGAAUUCAGCGGGGAAAGACUGUGUGUCGACCAGUCACUGGGAGGGAAUAGAGCUAGUGCCCUACCCGGUUCCAAGAUGAAGAGGCUCCAGGAGGACCCCAGUCAAGCCAUGGCGACUGGGGCAGAAGCACUUAGGUCUUCCCCUGUUCCAGCUAGGAAGCUGUCCUUGGCAGAGGAACUUAGUCGGGGUACAGAGAGCUCUGCUUUAUACUCCUCAGACUCCAGCACCACCAGAAGGCUGUCCUCCCUGCUCUCAAGCUUUGUCACUGCAAUUUGAGGGCAGAGGCCAUUGGUCCUUUGUCCCGAUGCCAUCUCUUCUGAGGUUGUACUUUGUCGCUGGGAGGGAGACCAACUACCUCUAUUCCCAGUAACUCAAUCUGCUGCUAAGGGGGGAGGCAGACAACCUCUACCUCUGCUCCCUGGGUUUCCAUGCCCUGAGGUUGGGGAUCUGAGCUUGCUGCCUAGCAACCCAGUGAUUCAGGUUUGGAGAAUAUGAUUCCUUCCACAUUUACCUGACCAAUAUACUCAGAUGUAAGGUAUAUUAAAUCCCCAGUCUCUGGCACCUGCUGCUGUGCAGAGUCAAACAAUUGCCUGUAAUCCAGUUCAAGCUCCCACUCCAUGGUGGCCUGGUGGGUCAAAUCAGGUUCCAGGUCAGUUGCUUCUGAGAGAUCCAGUAGGUUUUCCCAAAUGUCAUAAAGCUGGAACCUCUCAGGACUUCCGAAUUCAAUUUUAUCAUCAAUGGCCUCCCACAAUAAGCUAAGGCCAUCAUAGCCCUCACCCUCUGGAGGGUCAUCAUCCUCCAGAAAUAGGUACUGCAAGACUGCAUACCACCUUAAGGCUCAGUAAGAAUCAUCCAGCCACAAUUCUUUUUAGACCAGCUCCUCUAAUUGGAAAACCCAUUCUGCUAGGGGCUACUCUCCCAAGAAUGAUGUCCGCAAAUCAACUUGAUCCCAAAAUUGCUGCAUAAUGGUUGCUAGGGAUUCUCCCCGGAGACCGCAAACCUCCUUAAGGACAUUGUUCCAGAGUUCCCAUCGAAUUGUGUCCCGCCGGUCCAGUUUACCCUUUGUUAAGAAAGGGCCAUCGUACUGAGAGAGAGCUGCUCGUAGCCUCCCCUGGAAUUCCUCCUCGUAUGUGGAUGCUGCAUGGGCAUCCGCAGGGGGGCCAGUAGGUGCCGGCCAGUAGGUGGUGCUGUGUAUGGAGAGAGACAGGGAUAGGAAGCUACAUCUUAUCCCUGCUUCUCUCUGCUGACUGCAUCCGCAGGGGAGCAGCACAUGCAGCCAGCAACUCCUAGACUGCAGAGACAACCUACAGAUCAGGGAAGUGAGGCAUGGGGGGCAGCUUAUAGAUCAUGGAUGUAAGGCAUGGGGGCAGCCUAUAGAUCAAGGCAGUGAGGCAUGGGGGGCAGCCUAUAGAUCAGGGAUGUGAGGCAUGGGGGCAGCCUAUAGAUCAGGAAGUUAGGCAUGGGGGCAGCCUAUAGAUCAGGGAAGUGAGGCAUGGGGGGGCAGCCUAUAGAUCAGGGAAGUGAGGCAUGGGGGGCAUCCUAUAGAUCAGGGAAGUGAGGCAUGGGAGGCAGCCUAUAGAUCAGGAAAGUGAGGGAGGGGAGAGACAGCCUAUAGAUCAGGUAAGUGAGGGAUGUGGGAGGCAGCCUACAGGAAGGGUCAGCAAGGAGCAGGAAGGUAAAGUAAGAGAAGGAACAGGAACAGAUAUGAGCAGGAAGGGACAUCAAGGAGCAGAAAGGGGCAUCGAGGAGCUGGAAGGGACAGCAAGGAGCACAAAAGGUAAAGUAGGAGAAGGAGCACAAAGGAACAGAAAUGAACAGGAAGGGUCAGCAAGGAGCUGGAAGGUAAAGCAGCACAAAGGUAAAGUAGAAAUAGGAGCACAAAGGAACAGAAAUGAGCUGAAAGUGGCAGCAAGGAGCUGGAAAGGGCAGUAAGGAGCAGGAAGGGACAAAAUGAGCACAAAGGUAAAGUAGGAGAAGGAACAGAAAUGAGCAGGAAGGGACAUCAAGAAGCAGAAAGGUUCAGCAAUGAGCUGGAAGGGGCAGAAGGAUAACAGACGUAAAGUAGGAGAACGGGCAGCAAGGAGCAGGAAUGGUCUGCAAGGGGCAGCAAGGAGCAGGAAGGAUCUGCAAGGAGAAGAAAGGUUCUGCAAGGAGCAGAAAGGAAUCAGAAAGAGAAAGGAGCAGAAGAGCGCAAAAUAAGCAGAAAGAAGCAGAAAGGUAAAGGAGCAGAUGGAGCCAAAGAGGAUAGAAGAUAGCGUCAGAAGAAAAAGAAGACUGUGUCAAAUGAAGGAGAAGAAAAGGAGAUUGGAGCAGGACAAGUGAAGUGAACCAUCCACUUUAUUCUGGACACCACAUCAUAAGGCUUUGGUACCUGGGCCUAGCAGGGAAACUUUGGACCUUCUAAUCUCCCCAGGUAAAAAAAAAUAUCAGUGUUAAUGUGUUCACUUUUUCAGGAAGCACAGAGUGCUGUUGGGUAGGGGUGUCGCUGAUUGGCUAGAGCGGUUAGCUGGCACUCAAAGCCAAUCAGUAGCUCCCCAUUCAUAAAAAAGUAAAACCUUUUUAUGAACCGGGAAAUAGCGAUUGGCUUAGCAUGUCAGCUGACCACUCUAGCUAAUCUGCAGCACCCAUGCCUGACGUCAAUCUGCACUUCCUGACACUCCGUUUCAAAAGGCGAAUACUGCAGAACAACCUGGAGAUCUGGAGCUGGAGUAAGCCUUUGGGGUUAAACCAUUUGAGAGCGGUUAAACCCAUUAAAGGAAAGAGCACACCCAGGGGUUUCCUGGCAUGAUAGCAUUUUCAUUUAGAUGAAGUUGUUAUGGUGACCAGAAUGUUCCUUUAAUUUUCUUAAAGAAACAGUAUAGUGUCAGGAAUACAAACAUGUAUUCCUGACACCAUAGUUGUGAAAACGCUAUUCACCCUGCCUUUAUGUGAUAAUGACUAUGCCCCUUCCCUUUCAUGACACUGUCAAAAAGGGACCAAGCAUGGAUGUCAUUAAAAUUAUGCCCCCCCUGGAAAAUUUCCUGUGGAUGCCCAUGUGCACAGGUGCUAGCUCUAUCCAUCUCCAUGAAUUCCAGAAAGUACAGUGGGAUCCCAGAAUAUGCACCGGUGUCCAGGGACAUUUCCACAGUCGUUAGGAAGCCAUCCCACCACUGCCAACCAAUGUAACGGAGCUCCAGUACUCCUUUCAUUUACCUCCGCCAAGUCUGCUUCCUUGUAGCUAUCAGCGACCCUGGAGCACUUCAGACCCAGUCGCCAAGGCUUGACUGGGAUCACUGAGGACCUUUUUCACCCUGGACCAGGCUGCUGUGUUUAAAGCCCUGGACGCACUUUCCAUGAGAAGAUUUCCACAAGCACCAGUCGACACUUGGUGAAGGUUAAAACAGCAACUAACUUUAUAAUACAUAGCACACAUAUUUUAAGUCCCCAACAACCUCAUUUACAUACAGUUGGGUUAAUAGAGCACUAUAGUACAAGGAAGGGUGGGGUCAGACAAUAGCAAGGGCUGAGGGAGAAUAACAAAAGUAUAUAAAAUAUGCAAUAAAAAAGGUAAGGUACCAAAAAAUUAUUUUUUUGCAUAAAAGGCGGCCCUCGAUGAGCAGGGGACACUGGAUCCGAGGAGAGGCUGGCUCCUUGAGCUGCAGUCCCUUGGAGGAGAGACCUCCGUUAUCCCGGUGGAGGCCUACUCCAACGGUGAGCGGGACAGACGGCCACUGUUCCGCUAUCCCGCCUAACGGUGCCCAUUCAGGGACCUAGGCCCACGCAGAACUGGCCCCGUUCCCCCCCCUCUGGGCCAGGGGGUGAUCCCGGCCCUCACCCUGGGGCCCCGACUGCUAUAAAGCACCCAGGACAAAAGCGACAUCACCACCUCGACCCGCAGCCUCUAUUAAAGAUGGCGGAGGCCAUGUGCGCCAGUGCCUAUGAAGAGGUAACCUGCGCAGCUCACAGACAUCGCCAGACUUAACACCCGCAGCAGCCAGCCUGGCACACGCAUUCCAGUGCCCCAGCAUGAUGCUCACCUUAUGACACUCACAAUAAGACACUGGAGCCAGGCGGAGGAGACGGUGUCACAGCCAAGCGUCACACAUCAUCGGAACAUAGCCUGCGACACCCUACUCUUCACACAAACCAGCCUCCCACGCUAUAUGCCGCAAAUCACUCUCGGACAGCCUCAAAGCAUCUCCCGAUGAAAGCUGCAGGAACCGUGACAUAUACAAAAGCCCACAGGGAACAUCUGCUAAUCAGGGACUCAUGAGGACACUCCGCUAAAGCGCCCCACUGAUUUUAAACAGCAUAAUAUGUAUGUAGCGCAACUGUAAAUUACUCUGUCAGGAUUAGCCAAAUGUACUAAGCAUACUCAUGUGUGGCCACAGGGGCCUAAAGGGUGAAUCAUAUCCUGCAUAGUUAAAGCAACCACCCAGCUUCUUACAAGCAGCAUGCAACGUCUGCCUAUUUUGCUCUACGCUGCAAAGUUUAUAGUACUGUUGCAUAAUACUCGACUCAUUAUUCUACAUCACACCUGAAUUGUUAAAGGAACACUAUAGUCACCUAAAUUACUUUAGCUAAAUAAAGCAGUUUUAGGGUAUAGAUCAUUCCCCUGCAAUUUCACUGCUCAAUUCACUGUCAUUUAGGAGUUAAAUCACUUUGUUUCUGUUUAUGCAGCCCUAGCCACACCUCCCCUGGCUAUGAUUGACAGAGCCUGCAUGAGAAAAAAACUGGUUUCACUUUCAAACAGAUGUAAUUUACCUUAAAUAAUUGUAUCUCAAUCUCUAAAUUGAACUUUAAUCACAUACAGGAGGCUCUUGCAGGGUCUAGCAAGCUAUUAACAUAACAGGGGAUAAGAAAAUCUUAAUUAAACAGAACUUGAAAUAAAGCCUAAACAGGGCUCUCUUUACAGGAAGUGUUUAUGGAAGGCUGUGCAAGUCACAUGCAGGGAGGUGUGACUAGGGUUCAUAAACAUAGGGAUUUAACUCCUAAAUGGCAGAGGAUUGAGCAGUGAGCCUGCAGGGGCAUGUUCUGUACACCAAAAUUGCUUCAUUAAGCUAAAGUUGUUCAGGUGACUAUAAUGUCCCUUUAAUCCUGUUAAUUCCCCAAAAUUUUUGAAACUAUGAUUCUCAUAGCCAUUUUUAGUAUUGCGGCAGUGCUCAGAUAUUCUUAUUUUUAAGUUUCUAGAAGUCAUGCCUACGUAUUGGAGGCCACAAGGGCACUUCAAUAGGUAGACUACAUUUUUGGAAUUACAUGUAAUGAAUUCUUUUAUGUUAUAGGACUUAUUUGUGAUAUUUGACUUGAAUUGAGUUAUUUUGUUUGGAACUGACUCUUGUGUAGUUUUGCAGACAGUGCCUUUUCUACAUUCAAAAUAAAAUAAUUUAAAAUUGAUUAAAUUGGAAGGCUUAGGUGACUUAUUUUUAGUAAAUUUCUUAGUGAGAAGCGAUUUAAAAUUAGGGGCACCUCUGAAUAUGAUGUUAGGCUUUUCAGGGAUAAUUUUAUUAAGGACAUCGUCUUGCUGUAGGAUGUGCCAAUGUUUUUGGAUUUUUUUUAAUGUCUCUGUUUGUGGUUGUAGUUAAAUAUAAUUGGAAUGGAUGGUAUGGUCUUUUUAUUAGUGCUCUUGUCUUUAUAUGUGAGGAGACUAUCCCUUUCUUUCGAUUUUACUUUUGUUAUUAUUGCAUUUAAUUUUUCUUUUGAAUAAUUUUUAUCCAUAAAUGUAUUAUUUAGAAUAGUUGUUUGUUCUUCAAAAUCUUCUGGUUUGGAGCAGUUUCUCUUUAAUCUUAAGAAUUUGCUUUUUGGGGCACUUUCUAGCCAAGGGGUAUAAUGGCAACUAUUUUGAUCAAUAACGGUGUUUGUACUAACCUUUAAAAAAAAAAAAAAAAAAAGUCUAGUGUGUACAGUACCAUCUUUUACAAAAAUAUUAAGAUCUAAAAAGUUAAUUUCUUCUUUACUAAAUUCAGUGGUUAAAACGAUACCCUUGUCAUUAUCAUUAAGAUGUUUAAAAAAAAAAAGAGAUAAGAGAACUUUCAGAACCAUUCCAGAUAAAAAUUAAAUAAUAUAUAAUAUAAUGGAAAUAUGAGAACAGGUUUGCAUGUUAGCUAUGGUCUACCCACACAGCUUCUGUUUCCCAAUCUGCCAUAAUUAGAUUGGCAUAGCUGGGGGCAAACCUAGUCUAUAUCACCGUGCCUCUUUCUUUGGAGAUAAAAGGAAUCUUAAAAACUAAAGACUAAAGAAAUUGUUUUUUAACCCCUUCAGGACGGGUGACGGACGAGGUCCGUCACACAGGGGAGACCCUUAACGACGGGUGACGGACCUCGUCCGUCACGCGGUAAAAUUAACCCCGGAUCGCCGCUAUCGCGGCGAUCGCGGGGUUAAUGGUGCUCCCGGUAUGCCUCUGCAUUAGAGGCAUACCGGGAGCACCCGGUCAAGCUGCCCAGCACAUGUGCUCGCUCUGACCGCAAGUCUGAGCGAGCACAUGUGUAUACUCACCUACCGGCUCCCUGCACUUCCGGGUUCUGUGUGAAGUGCAGGGAGCCGGAUCAGUGAUGAUCCUGCCCCCUGCUGUAAAAAAAAAAUAAAGUUUAUUUAAAGUCCCCCCCCUUACCCAUUUUAAUAAAAAAUUAACCCCUUCCCUGCCAAUUGAUCACUGACUACAGUGAUCAAUUGGCAGGGAUUACAUUUUACUAUGAUCUGAUUUUUUUUUUUAACCCCUGAGGGUUAAUUUUUUUUUUUUUAACCCUCAGGGGUUAAAUUAAUUAAAUUAAUUAAUUAAAUUAUUUUUUAAUUAUAUAUUUAGAUAGCUGGGGUGGGUGGAAGUUAGUGGGGAAUUGGGGGAUUUGGCGUUAGGCUAACUAGGGGUUAACGUUAAAAAAAGUUUUAAAAGAAACUUUAAAAAGUUAAAAAUUAAGCUUAAAAAAAUGUUUUAAUAACAUUUAAGUAAAAAAAACAAAAAAAACACACUUUACCUAGUCCAAAUAAAAAUUAACCCCUUCCCUGCCAGUCGAUCACUGCCUACAGCGAUCAAAUAGAGAUCACAGUAUUAUACUGUGAUCUAAUUUUUUUUAACCCCUGAGGAUUAACUUUUAUUUAUUUUUUUAACCCUCAGGGGUUCAAUUUAUUUAAUUAAUUAAUUUAAAUAUUUUAUAACUAUAUUUUGCUAGCUGGGGUGGGUGGGAGUUAUGGGAAAAUGGGGAAUUUACUGUUACUGCUGCGUACUGCUAGUUAGGGGUUAACGGUAAAAAAAAAAGCUUAGAAAAAUGUUAAAUCUGUAAAAAAGUUUUAAGAAAGUUUAGGAAAGUUUAAAAAAAAUUUAUAAGCAAAACAAAAGUUUAAAAACUAGUUUUUAAAAGUAAAAAAGUUAUAAAAAGUAAAAAAAUACAUUUUAAAAACGCUCAUUACCACUACACCUGGAGCAAACUAGAGAAAAAAUUAUCCCACGCCAAGGUUCAAAAUAUGCCUUUUGAAUUACCCCAGGGUGUAUUCUUUAAUAUAUAGUAUGUGUUUGUGGGGAAGUUUCAAUAACCAACCGUCUAAACUACUCCAAAUUGGAACAUGGACACAGCGUAAAACUUCAAAGUUAGAAAAAAACUGAAUGGCUGCGUCUCAAAUGCGCCCCUUCAACAUCCACAUAUACCUGGCAAAGGUACAUACGGGGGUAUUGCUGUACUCAGCCGACAUAGCUGAGCAACAUAUGAAGUAUUAUACAGUCAUAGCACACAUAAGGUUUGCAAAAUAUGCUGCGCAAACUCACUUUGUAUGUCAAAAAGGCAGAAAAAAUGCUUAUUACCACUACACUUGGUACAAGCUAGCGGAAAAAUGAUCCCACGCUAAGGUUCAAAAUAUGCCUUUUGAAAUACCCUGGGAUGUCUUCUUUAAGAAAUGGUAUGGCUUUAUGGGGAAUUUGGAUUAUAUAGCCUGGUAAAAUACUCUAAAAUGGGACAUAGGCACAGCAUAAAAAUUCAAAGUUUGAAAAAAACUGGAAUGGCUGUGUCCCAAAUGUGCCCCUCCGAUGUCCACACAUACCUGGCAAAGGUACAUACGGGGGUAUUGCUGUACUCAGCCGACAUAGCUGAGCAACAUAUGAAGUAUUAUACAGUCGUAGCACACAUAAGGUUUGCAAAAUAUACUGUGCAAACUCACUUUGUAUGUCAAAAAGGCAGAAAAAACGCUUAUUACCACUACAUCUGGUACAAGCUAGCGGAAAAAUGAUCCCACGCUAAGGUUCAAACUAUACCUUUUGAAACACCCUGGGGUGUCUACUUUAAGAAAUGGUAGGCCUUUGUGGGGUAGUUUGAAUUUAAAACCUGCGAAGAUGCUUGGAAAUUGCACAUAGGCCCAGCGUCAAAAUUCAAAGUUUGGUAAAAACGGAUAUGGCUUGGUCUCCUAUAUGGCACUGUAGCUUCACGAAAUAGUGCCAAAGACAUUCAUAUGGGGGUGUCAUUUUACUCAGAAGACUUAGCUGAGCAUAAUUUGGGAGGUUUGAACUUAGUGGCACAUAUGAAAUAUACAAAACGCCCAGCAAAAAUGCAAUCCGUAUGUAAAAAAUGCACAAAAUUAUUUUUUACCACAUACUUUGGCAUAUAUUGGUGAAAAAAUGGGGGCAUGUUAAGGCACAAUAUGCACCUUAUAAGAUACCCUGGAGUGUCUACUUUUACAAAUGGUAGGCCUUUGUGGGGGUUUUUUGAACAGUCAAACUGUUAUAAUACCCCAAAUGGAAGCUAAGGCUCAUUAAAUCCAUCUCUCAAAAUUCUACUGUGAAUACUGAAAAGGACAGGUAUCCUGUAUGGCACUGUAACUUCACGAAAUAGUGCAAAAGACAUACAAUGGGGGUGUCAUUUUACUCAGCAGAUGUAACUGAACACAAAAUAAAACUUUGUACAGGAAUAGCACACACCAACUUUACAAAAUAUACACGAGAAUUUCUCUGUUAUAAGUUUGUGUGCCAAAAACCAAAAAGAACACAAUUUUACUCCAAUAUUUAGCAGAGGUUGGCGGUGAAAUGGCUACGUAGAAAGUGUCAAAACAACCUUAGGUAAAUAGCCCGUGAUGUCUACUUUAUAUAAAUAUAUACUUUUGUGUGGCAAUUUUGUUUUCUUUUAUGGCUAUUAAGCUUACAAGACAAACAUACCAAAUUCUAAAAUCGCUCCACAUUAAAAGUUUAUUUUACUCCUUGUGCUUUGUGACCUGUAACUACCAAAAAAAACUUAAAAUCCCAGACACAUUAUAUAUUCUGUAAAUCAGAACAAAUAAAUAAAUUUAUUUUUAAUUACUUUCCUUAACCUGCACUAAUUAUGCACACAUUAUUAUUGCAAAAACUGUAAAAAAAAACAAUGAUUUUCAUUUUUUUUGCAUUUUUCUGUAUUUUUUUUAUAAUAAGUAAGCAUUUAUAUAUAUAUAUGUUAUAUCAAAUUAAAGCCCUUUCUGUCCUUUAAAAAACAGUAUAUAAUAUGUGUCGGUGCAAUAAAUGAGAGAGAUGCAAAUUGCAGUUGAACGCAAACAGCAAGAAAAUGCAAAAAUUGCUUGUGUCAUUAAGCGUAAGUCAAGCUUCUGAAGCUGUGUCCUUAAGGGGUUAAAAUAAUUUCUAUGCCUUUUUGAAUAAAAUCAAUUUGAAUGUCAGGUAUCCUAUUUUCGUUCUUUAAUAUUCUGGUGACUGCUUCGCAUCCCUUUUGGUGAGGAAUAAUUGUGUAAAGGGAUUGUACAUCGCAAGACACCAGAAUAUAGUUGGGGUGCCAUGUAAAAUCCUUUUCAAAAACGCAGAAGAGACAUGGAAUCUUUUAAAUAUGAAUUCAUAUUUUUAACAGAAGAUUGUAGCAAAAUAUCAAUAUAUUCUGAUAUUUUAGAUAAAAUGGAGUCGAUCCCUGAAACAAUUGGGCGACCAGGACGACAGGUUUCAUUUUUGUGUAUCUUUUUGGAUGCAUUUUGUUUAAAUAAUUAUAUUCUUGUUUGUUUAGAAUAUCAAGAUCACUUCCUUUGGUUAAAUAAUUGUUUAAAUUUUUUUUUUUAUCUGAGGUCUAGGAUCAUUGGUUAAUUUUUCAUAUACAUUUGUAUCAUUUAAUUGUCUAAGAACUUCCUUUAUGUACAUUUUUUUUGAAAGAAUAACAAGACCUCCACCUUUAUCUACUGGUUUUAUAAUGAUAUCUAGGCAUGUGUAUGGGGAAAAUUUUCGGUUCGGCAUUCCGAAAUUCGGGACUUUGGCAAUUCGGGACGGUUCGGCACUUCGACACUUCGGAACCUCGGCAACUUCGACAUUUCGGAACUUUGGAAUUUCGGGACUUCGGCACUUCGGGACUUCUUUUGCAGCCACUUAGUAGAUAACUCCCUAAUUCCCAUGGUAUUGGGGAGUUAUCUACCAAAAUGCUGAAAGACCUAAAUUGGUCUUUCAGCCACAUUUACUAAUACUAAGUAAAAAUUACUUAAUAUUAGUAAAUUUUGCCCCUACUCACUAUACCGCAAUUAGGGGCAUGUCUUUUAAACAGUGAGCAGCCAGUGGCUGCUCACUGUUAAAAAGUCCCCCCUCCCCAGCCCCCACCUGCGACGCUUUUAAACUAAAGGGGGCUUUAAACUAGAGCGGCGGCUGGGGGCCCUAAAUUAGAAUGGGGGGGACCUAUUGCUCCCCCUGGCCCCAACCCCUGAGCGGUGGGUGGAGGCCCUAAAUUAGAAUAAGGGAGGAACCUAUUGCCCCCCCCUGCCCCCACCCCUGAGCGGCAUGUGGGGGUCCUAAAGUAAAAUAAUGGGGGGACCUAUUGUCCUCCCCCCAGCCCCCACCCCUGAGCAGCGGGUGGGGGCCCUAAAUUAGAAUAAGGGGGGGACCUAUUGUCCUCCCCCUGGCCCUCACUCGUGAGCGGCGGGUGGGGACCCUAAAUUAGAAUAAGAGGGGGGACCUAUUGUCCUCCCCCCUUGCCCCCACCCCUGAGCAGCGGGUGGGGGCCCUAAAUUAGAAUAAGAGGGGGGACCUAAUGUCCUCCCCCCUGGCCCGCACCCCUGAGCGGGGGGUGGGGGCCCUAAAUACCAAUUGGGGGGGGAGACCAAAUGUCUUCCCCCCUGGUCCCCACCCCUGCAAUUAGGCUCAGAGCACUCUGAUUGGUGGGUUUAAGCCAACCAAUCAGAGUGCACUGACAGAUAAAUGAAGAGACUGACAGGUAAGUCUCUACAUUUACCUGUCACAGCACUCUGACUGGUUAUCUUGAAAUCCACCGCUCAGGGGUGGGGGCAUGGGGGAGGACAAUAGGUCCCCCCCAUUAUUUUACUUUAGGGCCCCCACCCACCGCUCAGGGGUGGGGGCUGGAGGGGAGGACAAUAGGUCCCCCCCUUAUUUUACCUUAGGGCCCCCACCUGCCAUUCAGGGGUGGGGGCCGGGGGGGCAAUAGGUCCCCCCUUCAGGUUAGAAGUCCCCACUCGCGCGGCACGGGUGGGGGCUUGGAAGGGGGGACGUGUUAUUUUUUUAUUUUUUUUACAGUGAGCAGCAACAGGCUGCUCACUGUUUACCAGACAUGCCCCUACUCAUGGUAUAGCAAGUAGGGGCAUAAUUUACUAAUACUAAGUAAUCUUUACUUAGUGUUAGUAAAUUUGGCUGAAAGACCAAUUCAGGUCUUUCAGCCUUUUAGUAGACAGCUCCCUAAUACAGCUCCCUAAUACCGAAUGUCCGAAUUGCCCGAAAUUCGUCCGAAUUCAUAUUCGGACCGAAACGAAUUGCACAUGUCUAAUGAUAUCUUUGUCUGAUUGAAAUUCCUUAAGAGCCUGUCUUUCUUUGUAAUUGAAAUUGAGUUUGUCCGACUUCUGUUUUUUAAAUUUUAUUAAAAUCUUUUAAAACGAGCGUCUCAAAUACUUCUAGGGGACCUGAUUUUGAACUGGAAGGAUAAAAUUUGGUUUGUGGUUUUAGAUUUGUGUUAAUAACAGAUUAAGUGGUAUCAGUAGCGGUUUGCAUACAUAUUUAUUCUUGUAUUAAUGGGGAUACAUUUGACAUACCCUGCACCAAUAAUGGGCACAGGGUGACCAAAAGGAAUCUGGGGACCUACAUAUAGUGUCUGUCUUCCAUCCCAAAUGAUGGUGACUACCGUCACACCAUCAUUGGGGAUGGAAGACAUGUUGUGCCUGUAGACAGUGAAAUAGCAUAAAGAAGUCAGUAACAAAUUAAGGCAAAAAGGGUCAUCGAGGUAUACAAUAAUGAUAUGCCAGACUAGGUCAGGGAUAAAAAUAAUAAUAAAGUGUUUAACCAGGAAAGGUACAUUCAGAUUACUCUGGUUUUCAAGUACGUCCUGGGGAUGUUACCUAAGCUGAAGAUCCAGGGGUUGUUACUAUUACCCAAUUUAAUGGUACAUAUUUUAUCUACCUCGGAAAGAUGAAGGGCUGAGUCAACCCUCCUGGGAUUUGAACAGUAGGCAGGAAAUGUCAGAACCGAGCUGAGUUAAAAAACAGAUAAUCAGGCAAGAACACAUGCACUAUUGGGAUAAAAAAGAAACCACAAUAGGGAAAUGUGUCUGAUUGCAACAGAGUUUAUAUAGGCAUAAGUACUGUGGAAUAACUAGAGUCAUUUUUGUAUGCUCAAAAUGUAUACAUGGGUAUGCACCAUAAUGAUGCAGCAUUGACCACCUCUGAUUGUAAGGUCGCAUCCAGCGGCAGUACCCCUGGCCCCAACCAUGAGUUGCAAGUGGGGGCCCUAAAUGACAAUAGGGGGAGAGUGCGACAAAACCCUGUAUUUCUUUGUUCCAGUUAUUUUUCCCUGCGUUUGGUAGAUUUAUCUACCAAACACCGACCACCACCCUUGCUCAUUUAACUUCAAAGAAAACCACAAACUUAAGUGCUUUCUCUGUAUAACCUAACAACACGUGCGCUGGAAAACGGCAGCCAUCUUGUCUCCUGAAAGCAGGCAGCAGUACUAGGUCGUCGAGUGUCUGGAACUCUAAGUUGGAUACUUGACCCCGCGAACGCCUAAUUCCUUCCUCGACAAGCCAGGAGAGCUCUAUUCGGUAGAAUUGUUUGCAUGAACCAGGCCAACAAUUGCUAUCUAUGAGCCAGGGGAACCGUUCAGCUUUUGGUUCGUUUUGGAAGUACGUUCGUUCGCACACUUCUGAAAUGCUAGAGGCUUGAGUGAUUAUAGCCCAUUCGCAUAGUACGCUCUUUCAUACUGUCGAACUUCUUCAUUCGCAUACCCAAACAUCAGUCGAGACUUGAUGAAGGGUACAACAGGAAUAUUUUAUUAUGGCCAGAUGGCCCACUUAUAUACACAGACCCCCAGCAUGGGGUCUCCGGCAGUAACAUAGUAAACCAAUCCCACAACACGCCCAGGAGUCUCUGUGUCUGGGAGAUAAUUGAGUGUACUUUGCUUAAACAAAUUACCUGAACCUGGGACGGCUCUGCAUAAUGUGAGUGAUAGUCUGUUCUGCCCUAUCUUAACUGUUUUUAUACAGAUUACACUAUGUUGUAUUUUAUUUUAUGCUUUUAGAUACUACCUGAUUAUACUGACAAGCUCAGGUUGUAUUUUUGCAUAUUUAUUACUUUCUCACUUUGUGUGGUUUGAUAUAAAUUUUGUCUUUGUUAUUCACGUUUUUAUUGUGUUUGGGGAAACACUUUUAUAUCUUCCACUACUUUUAUCUUUAUAUUCACGAAGCGCCUAUACACUAGUUAUUUGUUUUUUCUGUAUUAAACAAAUUAACUCCCAGGCACUAGAGGUACAAAAUAUAAAACAUAAAAUACCCAAAGUACAUAAAACAUACAUAGUGUAACGGAUCGACGCGUACCCCGACUGGGUACCUCCGUAGAAGGAUGCUCCUAGUGUUUCCUGAGGACCCCAAGCACUGCAGCAGACACCAUAAUCACCGUAGACUCCUUUUAGAGAGUAAAAACAGGAACAAGCUCUUACAAGAGCUUAGCAGUGAAUAUAGCAAGAGAGUAUGCAGAGCAUAGCAAUCCCUUGUAGCACGUUCCCCCAAUAAGAGACGACACUCCAAAUUGAGGGUGAAGUAGAACUGACUGUACUGGCACAUACAGCCAGGGAUGUAUUUACCACAAGGCAAAAAAGGCAUUUGCCUAGGGGGGCACUUUUAGGGGGGGGGCGCCAAAAAAUGCCACCUCAAGCUCCCAAUCAAAUGUCUUGUUUGCCUCGUGUUCUGGGGCUGUCCACCUUACUGUGAGUGAGUGAGUGAGUGAGUGUAGCUGUCAGUGUGUGUAUGUCAUUUUAUGUGUAUCUGAGAGUGUGUGCCUGUCAGUGAGUGGGUGUGUCAGUGUGUGCCUGUCAGUGAAAGUGUGUGUUGGUUAAACAGUGUGUGCCAAUGACUGUGUCAGGAUCGUAUCCUGACAACUAUGAUUUAUCUUCCUUUUGUUUCUGUUCCUUUAAAAAGAAGUUCCAGCUCUCAACCACUAGUGGCCUCCCUAGCCACUAGUCACCUCAGUCCUCAUCUGCCUAGGACUAAUUACUUGCUUCAGCUAAAUAAGGCUGCACCCUGCUCACAACAGGGCCUUUACAUUGAAGUUAAUGAUCUACCUGAAAGACUUCAGUUCCUGGCUCCUGUGAACCUGAUCCAGACUUACCUUCUACCCUGCUCCAUACCAACCUGCUCCAGAUUUGCCUUCAAACCUGCUCCAUACCAACCUGCUCCAGACUUGCCUUCAAACCUGCUCCAUACCAACCUGCUCCAGAUUUGCCUUCAAACCUGCUCCACUCUCACGUAUGAUUUUGACCUCUGCCUCUAUUAGCAGCCUUCCUGUGUUACAAACCUGCGUCUAUUAGCAGCCUUCCUGUGUUACAAACCUGCCUCUGUUAACAGCCUUCCUGUGUUACAAACCUGCCUCCAGUCUUCUUCUGUUACCAGCCUGCCUCUGUAACCAGCCUGCCGUUAAUACCAAACUGCCUUUGUUUCAAAGCUACCUGGAGAUCAGAGACUUUAUUUGCAAGUAUCCUGUUUAGUGGCAUAUUGCCUAAAGUCUGUUUUUCCUCAAUUUGCAUAAUAUGUCUAAAAGCACAAAUAAAGUCUCAAAUAACAACCCUGGCAUAAGUCUCCUAUCUGACCUGCACAAGAUCAUGAAAGACUGUAUGUGUGUGCCAAUGACUGUGUAUCUGUCAGUGAGUGUAUAUCAGUGCAUGUAUCAAUGAGGGCAUGUGUCUGCCAGUCAAAAAAAAUGGCCUUCACACGAAUUGGGGGUGCCCGGAUUUAGCCGUGCCUAGGGCAGCACAAAUCCAAAAUACACCACUGCAUACAGCCUCUUUUAUUCACAAUCCACAAACAUAGUACUGCCCACAGGGUUUUGAAAUACAACCAAUCAAUCCGUACAAUACACACAGACACUCCCACACAAAAUCCUCCCCUCUGCCUGUGAUAUGAUUACUGAACACAAUGGUUAAUAUAAUUAUCACAGGCAGAGAAAUACAGUAUUAUAAAACAUAUCACAGGGACCCCAAAACAUGCAAUAACCCCAUAAAAAUAUCCUCGGAACCGGGGGAUCUGGGUGAACCACAUAUCCAAAAUUCACCCAGAUCCGUUCAGUAGUUUGGAAGAUACAGUUUAAUGCAGAUUCCGCAGAACAUAUACAGGCUAUAUGAAAAAUAAUUACUGUAUAAUGUGUCCCCUGUUGUAUAGUUUAAAACUACUGCACGAUGUCUUUGUGCACCAAAUACCGGCGAGAUGGCACCGUGUAGAAAAGUCCAAACAGUGUCUGUGAGUUAAAAUGGCCGCCAUCCAUUGUUCUCACCAUGUGCUUCAUCCAUUGUUCUCACCAUGUGCCUCUGAUACAUGAAAUGGUGGCCACCCAGUAACUCCACAGUAUGUCCUCAAAUGGUUCUUAAAGGGCCAGCAGCAAUACAAUAUGCCCAAAUCAGUUCCUAGAAGGGCAAUACCUCCCAGUCACCUUCAGGAGUUCCAAAAUGAACCAAGACGAACGGUUUCCCUGGCUCAUAGGUAGCAAUUGGUCGCUUGGUUUGUGCUAACAAUCCUACCGAACAGCACUCUCCUGGCUUGUCGUUGAAGGAAGCAGCAUUAGUACCAGAUGCCAGUGUUCACGGGGUCGAAUGUCCGACUUAGAGUUCCAGACACUCGAUGAUCAAGUACCACUGCCUGCUUUCAGGAGACAAGAUGGCCGCCAUUUUUCAGCCACACAGUGAGAGCACUUGUUUGUGGUUUUCUUUGAAGUUAAAUGAACCACGGGGGUGGUCGGUAGGUCAAUCUACCAAACGCAGGGAGAAAUAACUGAGACAAAGAAAAAGGGCCCCCACCCAUGAGCGGCAGAUGGAGGCCUUAAGUUACAAUAGGUGGGGACCUACUUUCCCCCCACUCCUACCUUUGAGCAGCGGUUGGGGGCCAAAGUAACAAUGGGGGAGUACCUAUUGUCCUAUCCCCCCAUCCCCCACCCAUGAGCAGUGGGUGUGAGCACCUGCCUCACACUUGAGUGGCAGGUGGGGGCCCUAAAUGACAGAUUUUCUGCUCCAAUGUGAUUGCAUGUGAUUUCCUCCUUUGAUUUCUCCCUGCUUCCUGUCUAUCUGUUUUAUCUAUCUUUCUAUUAUCUAUAUCUAUCGAUCUAUCUACCUAUCUCUAUUUAUAUAUCUAUUUCUAUCUUUAUCUCACUAUCUAGGGGUUAACAGUGGGUAGUGAGGUUGACUGAUAGGAACUGGCAGGAGAGUGGUUAACAGUGGGUAGUGAGGUUGGUGGACAGGGGAUGGCCGAAGAGAAUUUAAUGAUAGGUAGCGAAGUUGGCUGACAAGGGCUGACAAGGGAGGGGUUAACAGUGGGUAUGGAGGGACUGAAAGGGAAGAGGUUAAUGGUGGGUAGUAAGGUUGUCUGACAGGGGUGGUUUUAACAGUGGGUAGGUAAGUUGGAUGACUGGGACUAGCAGGGAAGGAAUUAAUAGUGAGAAGUGAGGUUGGCUGACAGGGAUUGGAGGGGAAUGUAUUACUUGCAUUACAGGGAGGGAGAGGAGCACAUAUGGGCUCUAGCUGCAGUGCAGUCUGUGCUGUGCACAUUCCUUACACUGCAGGAGACAUACCUCUAUUUCAACUGGCUGCAAAGGAUAUGUUUCCUUCAGAGACUGGGAAUCAGGAACAUGUUGAAAUGUGAGAGGGGGUGGCUAAGGAGGCUCGGUUACACUGCUGAAAACAGCAAAAUAUUUUAUAGCACUGCAGGAAAACUACACAGAAUUGAAAGAAAAUAAACUAACCAUGGGUAUUUUGAGUUUAUUAGCUUUAAAGGACCACUUUAGUCACCCAGACCACUUCAGCUCAAUGAAGUGGUCUGGGUGCCAGGUCCCCCAGGUUUUAACCCUUGAGAUGUCCCCUGCCUGUUACUCAAAUGAGUGUCUUUUCAUUUACAUUUUGUAGGAGCAUUAUCAGAGCACACACAUACUCUAGACCGGGGCCAUCUUAACAGCAUAAUAGGCCCCUGGGCAAAGCAAUGCACAGGGGCCCUGCUUACACAACCACUCACAGGAAUACUUACUGGGUCAGUGCUGCGUGGUGUGCAGUACUGCUGUUCAGCGUCUCCAUGCUCUGCAUGCCUUGAGGGAUGCAUAUUUAACUCAUUAUUUCUCUUUUCAUAGGAAAUUUUUUCAAAGAUCCUCUUCCAGAUGCUGACCUUUUUAUUCUCUCUCGUAUACUUCAUGACUGGGAUGACGACACAUGUUUGAAGCUCUUAAAAAAAAUUUACAUGGCUUGCAAACCAGGUACAAUAUGCAACUGUGCUUGUUUAGUGUGAACAUAACAUAUAUGAUACUUUAAAGUAAAGUUCAAAUUUAUGAACACUUUUGAGGCACUGUUAAUGUUGGUAAAAUUCCUUUAUAUUCUGCAACAUACUUCUCAUGGGGAGAUCGAAUCUAGGAUAUAGUCAAUUGCAGUGGCACAAAUAUUGAUUACUACCCUCUCUAGACACUAAUCCCUCUAAUAUAACAAAUUAAUCACCUAAUAAGAACUUGACACAGAGUUCCAAUCUACUUCUUGUCCACUUGAUCAUUUAGAAUGAUGAACAAUGACCGGUCUUGGUUUCACAUGGGAGUCGAAAGUCAAAACCACUUGGUUUGCCUUGUAUACAAGGCUUUCGACUACCAUGUGAAACCAAGACCUGUCAUUGCUCAUUAUAUCACAACUGGGUAUAUAUUAACUAACUAACACACAUAAUUUACAGUCUUUUAUACUUGAACACAUUUGCCACAUCUAAAAUUAUGGCAACCAGUGUCAAAUGAGUUAUUGUGAAUCUGAUAAUCUUUAAAAGACUGUGGUAAGAAAGCAAUGCUUUGUAAAUGCUUUGUAAAACCUAUAAUUAGCAAUCUUAGGUUCUAAUAAUAAAAGUUGCCAAUGUUGUUUCAUUCCCUUACUAUAUGGGCUUGUUGUAAAAAUUGAGAAAUUGUUUGUGUGACUUGUUUUAUUUGUCUCCUUAAUAAUAAAAAUAUUUCAUAUGGAUUAGUUCAAGGUACCCUUUGUAUAACAAUCUAUUUAAUAAAUCAGGGCUUUCCAAACUCUUACGGUCCGAGACCCACUUUUGAAAACGAUGAUUUUUCGAGACCCACUCGCUUUUAAUGCAUAUUUUCAAAAUGAAUAAAAUUGGCACACCAUGGCAGCUUUAGAGGCAAAAAACUGACACACCAUGGCAAUCGGCUUUAGAGGCAUAAAUUGUCACUAUGGAAAUCAAUUUUAGAGGCAUACAACUGGCACACUAUGGAAAUCAGCUUUAGAGGUAUAAAAUUGGCACACCAUGGCAAUCCGCUUUAGAGGCAUACAAUUGGCAUACCAUGGCAAUCCGCUUUAGAUGGAUAAAAUUAUCACACCAUGGCAAUUGGUUUUAGAUGCAUAACAUUGGCACACCAUGGCAAUCAGCUUUAGAGGCAUACAAUUGGCACACCAUGGCAAUCAUUUUUAGAUGCAUAAAAUUGCCACAUCCUGGCAGCUUUAGAUGCAUAACAUUAGCACACCAUGGCAAGCAAUUUUAGAGGCAAAAAACUGGCACACCAUGGCAAUCCGCUCUUAGAUAAAAUCAUCACACAAUGGCAGUCGGUUUUAGAGGCAUAAAAUUGGCACAUCAAGGCAGUUUUAGAUGCAUAAAUGUGGCAUAUCAUGGAAGAUUUAGAGGCAUAAUUUUGGUAUAUCAUGGCAGUUUUAGAGGCAUAAUUUUGGCAUAUCAUGGCAGUUUUAGAGGCAGAAACGUGGCAUGUCAUGGCAGUUUUAGAGGCAUAAUUCUGGGAUCUCAUGGUAGUUUAGAGUAAUAAUUUUGGAAUAUCAUGACAAUCAGUUUUAUAGGCAUAAAACCUGAGAGGGACAGGUGACAGUGUGGGGGGGGAGGUGAGGGUGACAGUGUAGUUACAGACUCAGAAGUGCUGAGUCCCUCUCUUUCUCAUAUUGAGUAUCCUAGUGGUAGAUCCAACAUGGGAUCUACCAUUUUCCCAUAGUUGCAGGGUUGUAUUUGUGAGCAGUGUUUGAACAUUUGAAUGUAAGCAUAUUUUUGUAUGAAGUAUGUGUGUAAAUUUAGGUGUUUGAAUAUAGGUGUGCAUUUGUGUGUAGUGUAUGUAGGUGUGCAUGUAGGUUUAGUGCAUUUGUGUGUAGUGUAGUGUAUACACACUGAAACACACCUUGCCUGUGUAUCGUCGCCAUAUGGGUAUCCGGAACCUUGGACAAAACCCCCACAUACCUCCCCCAAUAAAACACGGACACUAGGGUAUAUGGGUAAAAUUGUCCACAGCUUUAUUAAAUAUAUAAAUAAUAACUUAACAUAGAAACUGGUCAUUGCCCUAUGCCCCGCUUUUGCUUCCGUAUCCUUCCGUUAGGUAUAAAAGGUAAUGACCUCACUAUAAAUAAUAUAUAUAUAUAUAUAUAUAUAUAUAUAUAUAUAUAUAUAUAUAUAUAUAUAUAACAUUAUACCAACAUAAACAUCACUUUAAGUGCCAACAAUUUAUUAUAAAUUAACCAUGGUAGGAGUAUACCCGAGGUUCUGAGCCACCGACAGGACUCGAAACCUACCAAACAUGCCAAUAACCAUUUACAUAACCUUGCUAAUGGGGAGCCUAUUUCCUCUCCUUGAGCUCCCUGUCCUGCCAUGAGCUCAGACCUUGAACCCUUAAGCCGUCUGAGCUCCCCCACCCAGAAGAAACAGUGCUUUCUGUUCUGCAGUCCUUCCUGCCAACCCAGGUGGUCCCACCCCAAUGCGGAGAGAUUAACUCCAUCCGAGUGAUAGAACCGGGCAACCUCACUGCCAAUUCCCGAUGUCUUACUACCAACCCACCUCCCGCCUGGGCACCAUCUCGGACCAGACCACCAUUACCCCGGGAAGCAUAUCCCUCAUUCUAUUAAGGUCCUGCUUCAUCCAUUUAUCCAACUGAUGCUGCGGUAUCAGGCACAAAUCAUUCCCCCCUACAUGGAGAACUAGAAAGUCUGGCCUACCUCCACCUGCUACCAUGCAAACAACUGCAUUACAUACAUCUCCCCAACAAAAUCCCCUAUAACCAAACCAUCGAAGUGCCAACUGCUGCCCCUGAACUCGAGCUGCGGCUCUCCUCUUGGCCCAGAACACGAAUGAAUGCCUGCCGAUCCAGAUGACUUUUCCUAGGGAAACAAACAGAAACAUCACCACCAACUCCCAUCACACCCAGAUCAACCCCACCCCGUCUCAAUCCAACAUACCUAAAUGCACGUAUGACUGGAACCUGACUGAUUCCAAUCUCCCAAUCCGCUUGACCAAAGCCUCCCCCAAGCUCAAACGUGUGGCUUCAGUAGCCGCCCCGAUUCGGAAAGAAUGUGUCCCAAAAGGCUUGUAACCCCAACAUUACCAGUCCCAACCGAAAAACCUUGGAAAACUGAAAGCGAGAAAGGGAUGAACCAUCCGCAUGCACCAGGAACGACCUCCCAACCGCGGGCCUCCUAGCCAUAUACUGCGACACCGCGGUCAUUGGACAUAAUGCAGAGUCCAGCCGGGCACCCAGUGUCACCUCCCUACCCCUGCCCCUGACAUCGGUCUUGGACCUGGCCAGGUGAACCACGAGCCUCCCGUCUAGCAUGCGUAACCCAGACACCUGAAUACCCCCAUCAGCCACCCGAUUAGCACUUACCAAUUCCCAGAUCCUGAACGCGCCAAAUAAGGCCAGAAGAAACGCCGCCCUAAACAGCAGCCCUUCAAACUCGUCAAAACAUACCUUGGGUAACAUCCCCAGAAGACCCCCUUACACGUUCACAGACACAGGCUUCCAAGCAUCAGGCACCCGUUGACUCUUCGGUACCCCUUAAGCGCCUGGCGAUUCACGAAGUUCUUCGUGAGAUCAUCCCACUUGUGUAAUUUAAAUUAAAACACCAGGGCCGCCAUGUUCCUAUCUACCACUGCCGGGGAAGGAUUCCCAGCUAGCAAUAGAAAUGUAAACCAGAGUAAUGCGUCUAGUUGCGACUGCCCUGCCAGCGCCUGAUCUAACCCAGCCCACGAGCUUUCCCAUUCCAUCCAGACCUGUAUGCAGCCCAGGUGCCCGGUGCCACUGAGGCUCACACGUAUCUCCCAAGUAGGGUGCUCCGAGCUGCCACAUCUCGUCCGGGCACGCCUGCCCUACCUCCUGUACUCCAGGUGCCACCAUCCGAAUCCGGGACCACUGCAAACAAGAUAAAGCAUCAACUACCAUGUUCAAAUAUCCCGACACAUGCCUUGCACAGAAAACCACAUUGAGCGACAUGCAAAGCAAAACAAAGCACUGCAACAAACGUACCACCGGCUUCGAUGAUGCCAACAGAUUGUUAACCGUGUGCACCACAGCCAUGUUAUCCGAGAAGAAGACUAUCUUACGGUUCUGUCGCUUAUCACCCUAUAGCGCCAGUGCAACUACCAAGGAAAAAAAAACUCCAAAAAGGCCAGGUUAUGGAUGAGGGUGCUCUCACCCCACUCUGCCGGCCACUGCUCCGCGCACCAGAGGCCACCAAAAUAAGCUCUGAAGUCCACGCUACCCAAAGCAUCCGUGAAGAGCUUGAGCUCCUUCAUUGAGACCCCGCCUUCCGAAAGAACACCGUACCAUUAAAAUGCCCGGCCUUCUUAACCAGUUCGACCGCCUGGUCGAAUGAUGCGUAGGAGACCGAGCACAGUGUCAUCAAUGUCGUCGUUCAACGACUCCCCUUUCGUGUAGGAGAGGUGGUGAAUGAGCCAAAAUUUCUCAGGCUCUUUCUUCGGAACCACCCCUAGAGGUGACACCCUUAAGUUAGCUAGAGGCAACAUGACAAAAGGGGACCACCAUCCUGCCCAACUGCACCUCCUUCGCCAGCUUCUCCUGCACCACCUCCGGGAACUCCGCCACCUACCGCAGAUUGCACAGCCCCUGUGACCCCUCCCUUUCCCAGAAAGGAAUGAAAAAACCCAAUUCAAAACCCUCACAAAGCAAGUUGGCCGUCACCUGAAUACCAUUGCGGCUUAGGGGAAUCUUGGGGACCCUGAGACACUGUGAGACAUGGGGAAACUAGGGGACCCUGAAACACUAUGGGAGACAUGUGGGGACUCGGAGACAUGGGGACACUGGGGACACUAGUGGACAUUGAGACACUAGGGGACACUGGGAUAUAUUGACACAUGGGGCCACUGGGAGACAUGGGGACAGUAGUGGAAACUGGGACAUUGAGACACUAGGGGACACUGGGAUAUAUUGAGACACAUGGGGACACUGAGACACAUGGGGAAACUAGGAGACAUGGGGACACUACAGGACACUGUGAGAUGUGGGGACACUAAUGGACACUGGGAGACAUGGGGACACUGGGAGACAUGAAGACACUGCACUGUGAGACAGUUAGACAGUGGGAGCAAUCACUCUACAGCAGAAUUAAACUGUAAGUAGUUUUUUGGUGAUUUUAAAGAAUUUUACUUUAUGUCACUCUUUGUGAUUUACAUCUUGUGAUGUCAUGCAUGCAUUAUUAAUUAUGCAAAUUAGGGUGGCCGGUGUUUUUUUUCCAAGAAAGGUGGCAACCCUAAUUGUAUGUCAGAUUGUGUGUGUGAUUUCUGGGAUAUUACACAUGGUGUGCGGGUGUCCGGGAACCACAUUAAAUAUGCAGGAGUCACCCAGACCUAUAGAUUUUCCUGAAGGGGAAGAUAAGACCCACACUUAUAUAAGCUUCUUUUCAGCUUAUAGUGUGACCUUAUGUAAUGUAAACUUUUGCAGGCCUCCCAACUGUUCUCAUUUUGGCAAGACAGUCCCAAUUUUUGUAAUCCUGUCCUGAUUUUGUUCCCUGGUGUCACAGCAGGAACUAUCCCUGAUCAGAAUAGCACAAGCGCAUCAUUAGACACACUCUCGCUUUUCUAAAGGCGUUGGGAAACUGCAAAGAUCACUGAAACAGUAUUCCAUGCGUGGUCUGCCCUUGGUUAGCAGGCCUACUUGAUUGACAGGCUGACUGGUGUGUAUUAUUGUCAGAAACAAUAGAAAAUUAGAAAAUUAGAGGGAAAUGUUUCUAUGUUAAUCAAUAAUAAUUUGUAUAACCCAGACACUGAUUAGGAAUGAUUAACUCUAUAACCAAAGUGUCCAAACCUGUAUCCAAAUGUAUUCCUAACAUUUUAGUGUCCUUGUCCCUAGUUAUAAAGUCAGUGUCAUCAUCCCCCCACCCCUCUUGCCCUAUAAGUAUUUAAACAAAGGUUUUUAAAUACUUUAUUCCAGCGCCAAAGUUCCCUCAGUCCUGCUUACUUUUCUGCAUCCCACAAUGUUAUGGAGCAGGCAUGACCUCCUCAGGCAUGGUCCAAUCCAUACUCCUCAUAACGGAGCAAUGGGAAAGUGCAACAUAUUUUAUUCAGCAGUGCAAAAUAAGUGCCUCUAUUGACUGUCAGGUAGAAAGCCACAAGAGUUGGACCUAGCCCUUAAUUGUUAAACUUGCAGGACCACUGUACCCAGGCAUUGGAAUAAAGUGGUCUGGGUGUCUUUAGUGUUCCUUUAACAAUAUCCACUUAUUAACGCAGAAUAGCAAACUUUUUAGGCUUUAGAUACAAUACCAGCAGCGUUAUAGCAAAUGUCUCAAAGGAGCAGCUGUACUCAUAAAACCAUUAAUUUACAUUCUGCACCAGAGACUUGUGAGUGGCCCAGCCUUGCAAUAUAUUUAUAUUCCAAAGCUGGGCCACUCACAAAUUUAUAUAUUUAUUUAUAUUUGCAAACGCUUGUAAUUUUAUGUUUUUAUUUUUUUUAAUCCAGGUGGUGGGAUACUUAUCAUUGAAAUGAUCCUAAAUGAAGAUCGGACUGGCCCACUUAUAGCCCAUUUGAAUAGCAUUUUGAUGUUAGCAAUAACAGAUGGAAAAGAGAGAACACUCUCUGCAUUUAAAACUCUUCUUGAAACUGCUGGAUUUAAAGAUAUUCAAUUGGGUACAAAUGGAAAAAUAAUGGAAGCCAUCCUUGCUAGAAAGUGA